UAUACAUCUAAGCAAUCUGAGUAGAAACUGAAGAGCUAAAAUAAUUGAAGAACCAUGGUUUAACUAUAAACGAUUCCUAAAAAGUUCCGUCCUUCGCGACGAUCUGUUCAACAUUACAACAAUGUCGGCAGAUAUUUUAAGAAGAAAUCCACAGGAUGACUUUGAACUUAUACAAAGAGUAGGGAGUGGUACUUAUGGUGAUGUUUAUAAGGUUUGUAUAACUCAAGUCGACGUUGAAUUCAGAUUAUUUUUUGAGAGAAUUGUUUUUUUUUUCCUCCACUAGUCCCUAGUCCUAGACUCUAGUAGUCAAGCUAUGUUAUGAUCUGGAUUUGUAAGCGGGAUUGUUGUCGUAACAGGCUAGUUAGAAUAAAAUUUCAUUGUUAAGAUGGAGUUAUCCUAGCAGUACCUCUGUAGUAAAAUGUAAAAAUUAUUUCGAUUAAAACAAUCAGCAUCAAUUUAACUAGAUUUACAAUUUUAAUAAAUACGAUCUAACUACAGACCUGUUUACUCUUACGAUUUUGGCGUACAAUGUACGAUUUUGAGGUGUAUACAUUAUAUAUACGGCACGUUUUUGCUCUAUAAAGAGAAUGUAUUGAACGAUUAUAUGAUAUGAUGAUAUUGUACGAUUUUAAGGGUUCGAGGGUAAACAGGUCUGUUACUAAAUUUAUUUAGUCAAAUUACCUUUACACUUCAUCUUAACUUAGCCUACCAUUUUCUUGUAAAAAAAAAAAGAUACAUUUAGAUUAUUUGAAAUAGGCUAACUUAUAGCCUGUUAAUAACUGUUAAUACUAGUUAAGUAAUAGGCAUACAUUUGGUACCACUUAGAUUCAGUUAGCGGCAGAGCUGGCAAUGUCUGUCACGCCCACGGUAAAUGGGUCAUGGAGGUUCCCCAGGUCAUUUACCAGCCUUAGUUCCUAUUCAAAAUAUCUUGAUUUUUAGCUCUGUAUUUUUUAAAAUAAAUUUUAUUCCCCCCAUUUUAUUUUUGCCUUGAAGAUGUUCAGUGAGCCUAUCUGCUAAUCUUCUCAGACUGAACAUCUUCGGGAUAUUGAACAAGGUAAACUUUCCUCAGUCCUCAGUCUCUUCACAUUUUAUGGAGAUAAACAUAAAAGUGCAUCAGAUGUUUCCAUCAUGGUACUAAUUUCCUGUACCAACACGCCAGAGAGAGUUAAAAUGGAAGCAAAUUUAUUCAGCUUUUCUGCACAAUAUCACCAUAUGGAAUUAAUAAUUAAUCAAAUACUUUCUUAUUAUUGAGUCUCAAUUUCCCUUUUUUCCCUUUUCAAAUCUCUAAAAAAUUUUGGUUGAUUAAGAUUCUAGACCUUAUUUUUUACUGUAAAUGUAUAUAUAUUCUUUCACUUCCUAUAAUCUUGAUUUUUUAAAAAUCCUGCUUCUGGCAACAGUAAUGGCAAUCACUUAAAUUUUUAAUUGUACUCUGUUUUUUGUCGUAUUUUCAUUUAUCCUGUUUCCUGAGGAUGGCUCUUAGCUGAAACAUUCACAUCUUAUUGUCCUGUUUUUUUUAUUCAAGCUUCCAGAUACCUUUUUCUAUUAUUUCAUUCACACAGCUUGAAAACAGUCCAUCAAUUAUUAUUCCUUAUAUUUAGAAAUAAGUAGUCCAUAAGCAGUAUUUUUUUCAUUGGGGUUUAUUGAUUUAUAUAGACUAUAUAUAAUGGAUGCCGCCGUUAGACUUAACAAACAGAAUAGCCAUAUUGUAUAUAUUCAAUUUACUAAUAAUACAUAGUUAGCUAGGUUACAAUUUAUUUAUAAUUGCACAAUAUUGUUAAAAUUACUUUUUAAAAUUAGUUAUUUUAAUUUAGUGUUAAUCCUUAAAAUAAAAGUUGUAUAAAAUUAUCAUUAAAACUUCAGUUACAAAUACAGCAUGACGCAAAAUAGCGGUAGUUGGUCACAGAAUGAGAUUUGGUCCAUAGUUAAAAAAAAAAGGACAAAUGAACUCAUACUUUGAAAAUUCAUAGCUCAAAAACUGCUAAGCCUUAAGAGCUAAUUUUAUUUUUUAAUUUAAUGUUUUCUCUUCAAAGCUAUAUUAAUUUAAUAUUUAAACUUUUUUUUACUAAGGUACCUACAUAAGUUUAUCGUGAUAAGAUUAGCAUAGAGUGGAAAUGGGCCUGCAUAAGUAGAGCUCUCAAUGAGCCCAGGAAUGCUUGGUAUUAUUUAUUGUUUAAUGUGCAUUAUAAUUUCAACACCGCUUAUUUCUGCUCUUUUGCCAAUACCAGGCCAUUGUUGAUGAUUGUGCUCAGACCUCGGAUUGCAACUUUAUUUAGGUGUAUAUAGCCUUAUAUACUAAUAAAUAUUAAUCUUUGUGUCUAUAAUUCGGGUUCACAGUAACACCCCUAGCCGAGAAUAUGUAGAUAAGGGCGAGCACAGCCAGGUGAUGGAUCUGCCACAUAUAACUAAGGGAUGCAAUUAAGUUGCAACAUUUUGACUUAACAUCUUAUUCUUAUGAGGCGUUAAUUUCCUUCCUCUACCAAGCAUAGUUAAUAAUAAACAUUAGCAGCAGUAGAGUAGUGGCUUAUUGCUGUUUACUCUGUGAAAUUAAAAGCAAAUAUGGAGGAGAAAAAAAUCGAGAAAAGACUAAAUUUAACCCUAUAACUAUACAUUAAACUCAUUUGUAUCUUUCUUUGCCUUGAUUCUCUCUGCCCAGCACCAACCAUUAUUAAAUGCUGUUUUUAGCCUCCACUUGGACCUAAUUAAAUUGUAGCCUGUAGUACUAUUAAUUUUAAGUAGUUAGUAUUAGACUUGGUUACUCUGUAGCAGCUACUGAACUAGACACUUGAGCUAAGAAGUCGAUUUAGAUCUUCGGAAUAUUCAUAUAUCUUAUUUUAUUAUUAUUUCACCUUUUAUUUAAGUGUGUUUUUUAAACUUUCUGUGAUUUGGUCUACUAUAAUAACUUUAUGAAGGUCAGUUCAAUUAACUGAAUGAAUUCAUGGUUACACCAGCAGAGAAUACCAAUAUAAGCAAUUUUAGACUUCAACAGAUUAUUCAACAGAAAAUUAGUACCGGUAAUCAAUAAUUUUGCAGAGACUAGUAUUAUUAACAUAUGAAAAAAUUUUAAAGGACAAAGUUUUUGUUGUUACAAAUAUCAUUCAACAAAACAUUCAUAUAGAAAAAGUGUAAAAAUGUAUGCAUAUUCGCUACAUUUAUACUGAUCAGUCCAUGUAUAACUUUCUAUGAUAGUCGUAACUAACCCUUUUUAAUGUCAACAUAAAUUAUUCACAAUUGACUAUUAAUUUUUUUUUUUCAUAUCUUCCUGAUGCCAAGAGUAUUUAUAAUAACCACUAAUUGUGUAAAAGUAUGCCUACAUUAUUUUCAAUCUUGCCCAUGCAAAAUAUUUGCCGACCCCUGCUAGAGUAUUACACUAAUGAUAUUACUUCGGUGUAUAUGCCCUGUUUGAGAACUAUAGACUUUAUUUUCUUUCAAAUCUUUCAAGGCCCGGGAUCUCAACACUGGGGAACUUGCUGCUAUCAAAGUCAUCAAGUUGGAGCCUGGUAUUGAAUUAGUGUAGUUCUUAUAUAAUUUUUAAAAAAUUCUUAAGGUGAUAUAUAUUUAAGAUUAUUAUGAGAAAUACACUUCACACCUUUGUAUAAAAUAUACGUGCAUUAUGAGCAUAAUAUUUAUUAUAUAUAUUUCUAUAAUUUUAUAUAUUAUCAGGUGAUGACUUUGCUGUCAUUCAGCAGGAGAUCAUCAUGAUGAAAGACUGCAAACAUUCAAAUAUUGUUGCCUACUUUGGCAGUUAUUUACGGUGAGAUUAAAUUGUUAAAAUGUCAUCCUUUUUUUUUAAUUUGAAGAACCACCAAAUGAAUUGAGAAAAUAUUCUCACUUUAAAUUUUUAAAAUUAAUUAUUUAAGUACUUUUUUUUAUUUCAAGCCGAGAAAAGUUAUGGAUAGCAAUGGAAUACUGUGGUGGAGGAUCUAUGCAAGAUAUUUACCAUGGUAUGUAAAUAUUAUUAAUGCUUUAAACCACUUUUGGCCUUCAAGAUUUUACAUAUUCAUUUUAAAAAAAAAAAAACAACAAAAUUCUCAUGUCAUUAAAUAUUUUUCAGCCAUUCCUGUUAUAUUUGUUCAAAUGGGAAUUCCUUAAAACAUCUUUUUUGAUUACAGUGACUGGGCCACUUCCUGAACCAACAAUAGCAUUUGUGUGCAAAGAAACUUUGAAGGGUCUUCAUUAUUUACACAGAAGAGGAAAAAUGCACAGGGACAUAAAGGUAAAUUUGUUAAGCUUAAUCCAUGGUGUAAUCACUGUAUUUAAAACUAUAUUAUAGUUGUUUUUUUUUCCUUUGAGAUUGACAUAAUCAGAGACAUGAGUCUAUACAUAAGCUUAUUUUAGGUUUGAGUCUACUCAUUUAAGGUUGUUAAGCAAAAAAAAAAAAAAAAUAAAUAAAAAAAUUAAUAAAAUUGUUUUUUUUUCCUUUGAGAUUGACAUAAUCAGAGACAUGAGUCUAUACAUAAGCUUAUUUUAGGUUUGAGUUUACUUAUUUAAGGUUGUUUAGAAAAAAAAAAAAAAAAAUAAAUAAAAAAAUUAAUAAAGUUUAUGCUCCAUCAGAGUAAUUGGAUGAAUGUUUCGUUAUGUUUUUCCUCAGGGUGCUAACAUUUUAGUAACAGAUGAAGGGGACAUAAAACUAGGUAAGUAACGUUUAUUUUUUAAAUUAAUCCACCUGGAUUCACACUAUACUUCCAAUGUCCUCAAAACAUUUUUCUCUCAACACUUAAAAUGAACAACAACUGCAUGAUUAAUUUUUUAUAUGAGCUUUUUAUCAAAUGAAAUACUAAAACUAAUAUUAUUUCUUAUUAUAAUCCUGCAUUUUAGCUGACUUUGGGGUAUCUGCUCAAAUAACAGCUACAAUGUGCAAACGCAAGUCUUUCAUUGGAACUCCUUACUGGUAAAUAAAAAUCUUAAAUAAAUAGCAUUUUAAUGUCAUUUUUCAGUAUGCACUAGCCAUCACCUCAUCUCUAUCUUAUGUCCAUUCGAUGAAUUUAAUGUACUCUUAGAAAGUGCGCUUUAUUUUUAUAUAGGAUGGCACCGGAGGUGGCAGCUGUGGAAAGGAAAGGAGGUUAUAAUCAGCAGUGUGAUAUUUGGGCAGUUGGAAUUACUGCAAUUGAGUUUGCUGAGCUGCAACCUCCAAUGUUUGACUUACAUCCAAUGAGGUUUGAACUGUUUUGUUUUCUUCACUAUCAGUAGGUUUUAUUUUUAGUUUAGCAGCAUGUUCUGCCUUAGUUUAUAAUGUCAACAGAUAAUUGAAGAAAAGAACAACAAAUUUCAACUUGUAAGCCAUGAAUGAAACUAGUGCAUGUUUGACAGGUUGCUUUUUAGGUAUUAGAAUAGAGCAGUUUAAAGUUUGGACCGGUGGACAAGUUUCAAAAUUGCACCAGGGUUUGGUGCCAGAUUUAUUAUAUUAUAUUAUUUAUUAUAUUAUCUUUUUAUUUGACCAUAAAUAUUCAUUUUGUGCUGACCGGCAAUAUAAGUUUUGCAGACUGGUGUUGGUCUAUGGAUCACCAUUUGGGGAUUGCUGGCAUAGAGAUCACAUAAUAAAUAAUGCAAAUACCGAAACGGAAUUGUGCUUCCAAUAAAAAUCUGUGAUUACCUUGUGUACUGGGUCAUUUGUAUAGAAUACAAUCUCAAUUUCUUAGCAGUUUAGACAUAAAGAUAAUUUCGUAAUAUUAAGCCUAAACUCUUCUUAAAAUGUUUUUUAAUGCACACAACUUACACAAAAAGACAACCAUCUUGAUCGGUAUAUUAAAUUUAAAAUAGAUGUUUUGUUUUACAAGGUGUUUCGAUUGUAGCUACUAUUUAAUUCUGCAUGGAGCCAUGUUGCUACCGUGUAGCUUCUUUACUGGCAACAAUGUUUUCUAAUUUAGCUGUAGAAAAACCUUAAUCUUCCUCAUUACAUAUAGAAAUUACUUUUUACAACAAAAAUAUAAUUUACACUACACCUCUCGUAUCAUAUGAAUUUAUUAGCAAUAAUAUAUGUGCUUGUUAUUAACCUGUAUUUAUUUCCCCAGGGCACUCUUUCUAAUGUCUAAGAGUGGAUUUAAGCCACCACAGCUUAAAGAUAAAAAUAAGUGGUAAUGUUUAAGUUUUAAAAUGAUCAUUUAUAUCUGUCAUAAUUGUUUUAUCCUAACCUACGAUGAUGGGUUAUUUUAAAUUUUUAACCUCCAGUUCUUUUUGGUUUGAAAAAUUUUUAAUUUGACUCUAUGAGCACAAAUUGAUUUAUUAAUUAUUUACAGGACUCCAGUAUUUCAAAACUUUAUUAAAGUGGCCUUAACAAAAAAUCCUAAGAAAAGACCUCCGGCAGAAAAGUUGAUUGAUGUGAGUACAGUUUAAGUUGCAUAAUGAGUUUUUGCUUAAUAUUGGAUUCCUAAUCUUUUAAAUAUUAGUUUAGAGUUUCAUGCUAUUAGUUGUAGAACUUGACCUUAGAGCCCGGCAUCAUAUUUCUAGUUUAAUAUUUGCUAAAAUUAUUUUUUAGACCAUGUGUGCUAUUUGUAAAAUUAUUUGUUGACGUAAUUAUAUUUUCAAAAUGUCCCCCCACCCCCUGUUUAGCAUCCUUUUCUGCAAGGAGAUUUAAGUAGAAGAUUGACCAAGGAGCUUCUUGAGAAGUCAAGAAAUCCUACACACAACUUUGACCUAACAGAGGAUGAAGAUGGGGUGAGUUAGUAUUGAAUAUUCUGAAAUAGUUGGUUACCAGAAAUUUGAUCGAAAGAAAUUUCGUCGACGGUAAAUUGAUCGACGGUAAUUUGAUCGACAGGAAAUUUGGUCGAAUUUUUUUUUCAGUUCACACGUUAAAAUUUUCGUCAAAUUUCUUUUUGAACGCACUAUACUAUAUAGUAAAACAAAAUAAUGCGUUCAAAAAGACAUUUGAAGCCAAAUUUAAACAGAAAAAAAGGUUCGACCAUAUUUUUGUUCGAUCAAAUUACCGUCGAUCAAUUUACCAUCAACGAAAUUUCUUUCGAUCAAAUUUCCGGAUACGGAAAUAGUUAUUGUUAAAACAAAUAAUUUAUUAUUAGUAAUUCUGCUUGGAUUAUAAUUUUACUUUUUAAAUGUGCAAAAAAAAAUUUGGAAUUUGAUCAGCAUACUGUAAUGGCAAUAUUUCUCAUGUUUUUUUUUUCUCUAACAGCUUUUACAAGAUGUCCCCAGACGAAUACCAUCAAACAAAACUGCACGUCAACUUGCAGCCACAAACAGUAUUGAGCUUAAAGGUAAUUUGGAAAAAUAUUUGGUUGUCUGAGCAGGAUAAUCUUUUUAAAAAAAUGCAAACUUAGAAUACUUCAGACUUAUAAAAAAAAAUUUGUGGAUAAAUUCACCAUUACAUCCAUAUGUAGAUAAAAUUGAAAGUUUAAUCAUUUGGAAUUUUCCUACAAAAAGUCAGUUCUUUUGUUAUUGUUGGGAAAUUAAAAUUGAAUAAUUAACAACUGUUUCAUAUGUUUUUUUAAAACUCUUUUCAUUUCAGUUAAAGUAAAUUUAGAUCAAGUUGAGGUAUGUGAAAAAUAAAUAAUGUUAAUGUAACAUUGUAAUAAUAUUUGAAGCAGGACUCUCAAUGCCCCAAUUGAAAAAGGAAUUUUUAGUGAACAUUUACACUUUGUUAAGAACAUCAAUGUGGUGCAUCUUGGUCAACUAAUUUAGUUUCCCUUUUCAUAUUUAUAAUUUCAUGAGCUGGAACUACCAUUUAAGUGAAUUAUGUAUGGAGUCAUACAAAUUUUUGAAUUUUGUAAUGAUUAUAAAUCUUUUAAUAUACAACUAUGUCAUUUCUGAAACAUUUUUCAGUGUAACUCAUAUUAAUAAAUAAAAAUUUAAUAAAAAUGUAAUUAAAAUUACAUGAAGAGGCUGUAAAAACUGAAAGGUAUUUAGUAUCUACUGAAGGGUUCAUUUUUCUAUUAAUCUAAGGAACUCUCUUAAUUGUGGACAACAGCAGUGCAAAGUACUUGUAAUUAUCAAAUUUUUAUUCCAGGAUGAAAAAUUCAAUACAGCCAAGCCUUGGUUAGAAGAUGAACAGUCACAAAAGUAAGUAAAAUUAUUUUUCCUUCUAUGACUCUUUGUCUACACAAAACUGUAACAUUGACACACUGGGUUUCCAAGGCUUUCUUUUAUUUUGUCACUUAACAUAAUGCAACUAUAAUUUCUUGGAAUAUUUUAAUUACCAAAUUUUCUAUAUAUAGUUUUUGUUAAUUUCAUCACAGUAGAGCUUUUGCUUCAUCAACAGUUUAAAACAGCAGCCUAUUAAUAUAAAAAGAUAGUGCCACUUUGACAUGCCACAGCUUUCACUCUAAAAAGACUGCAUUUUUCUUGUUUUACAGAAAUGAAUAUGUCUUUCUUCACAUUUUACAUAGGGGCUCUAAUUUAAAGAAAGUAAUGCUUUGAAGUUUAAUGUUUAAGGAAAUUGUAUUCUUUCAGAUAGAUUGUUUUGAAAAAGCAGUUUAUGAGAUUAAAAUAAUAAUAAUAAAAAAAGGGGGAAAAUGUAAUAUUGAUAAAUAAAAAAUAAUAAUUUUUCAACACAUCCAAAUAUCUUUUUUUUAAAAACAGAAAUUUUAUGUAAUAAAAUAAUAAAUAUUUUUUGAGAAGAAAAUUGUGCGCAAAUAUUCCAUUUCUCCAUUAAAACAUGUAUUCUGCAAUUGAGCAUGGGGGCUUUUAUUCUGAAGCCUCUUACAUGCUUUCUCUGUCAUUCUUUAGUAAUGAAAGGCUCAUGUAGAUAAUUAGAUGAGUACAAGAAACAUCCCCACUCCCAACCAAAAAAAAACUACAAAUUGUCACAAAUUUAUUAAGACAACAGAACAAUGAACAAUAUUUAAUAUUUCUUGAAUACGUCAUAUUGUGGACUUCAUAUUCAAUGUCAAUACCAUGUUAUAAUUAAUAAAAUGACUCAUUUGUUUAGGCAUGGUAAUAGUGGCUAUAAAUUUCACAUGAAAUAUUUGAUUGAUUUCUCCAGAAUAUUUUUAAAUAUGGAAAUUUCCCAAAGUUUAGCAAUACAAUCUGUGAUCUUCAGGAUUAUUAUUUUUUGAAACUAAGUUUCAACUAUUUAAAAAAAUGGAACAACAACCUACAACCACACACUCACACACACAAACUGAAAACAAAUGAAUUUAUGACUACCCCAUUGAUUAUGAGUGAACUGAUAUUUAACUUAUAAAAAAAUUAUUGUUUAUUAAUGUCAACCAAUAUUUUAUCUGUCAGUCACAUCUGUUGUAUGUUCACAUUAAAGGUCACUUUGGACAAAAGAAUCAGUUAUUAUUUUUUUUGUUCAUAACCAAUCAUUAAAAAGUGCCUGUAACCUUUCGUUAUGUUACAGUUCCAUUAACUGGAAAUCUUUUUUUUGUUCUAGAUUUCUGCAUAUAAUAAUAAGAUAACAUUUUGCUAAAUAGCAAUUCAACAUUCUCUUAGUAUAUAAUUUUUGAUGAAAUAUUCCAAAAGAUCAUUCUGAUAUUUUAAUGCCUUGUCAUUUGAAUUUUACUAUCGCUUUCUCAUUCGUGUAUUUGAAAACCACAUGACUUAAAAUUCGAAAUUAAGAUAAAUUUGAAAUUUUACACAUGUAAUUGAAAAAAAAAAUGCAGACAACGAGGAAAGUCUUAGCAGUCACCUUCUUGGCUAUUAAUUGAAGCCAAGGCGUCUAACUUGAGUUAUGGUUACAUUUUUUAUCCAAUACCUGCCUCAAUCCCACUCAAAAUAUUUGGAACCUUAUUUGCUGUAGAUUUAAUAUGAUAACAAAGUUAAAGAAUCUGUUACUUACAUUCCUCUUCUUCAAAUUUAAUUCUAUUUCAUCUUAUUCAAACUUAUAUAGCCAGGUAGUAGAAAAUGCUUUUUAAAAAAAAAAUUAUCAUAUUUGAUGCAAAUAAAUUGUUUAUUUUUUUUUUUUUUUGGUUGGUUUGUGUUUUUGGUCAAUUUUUUUUUACAGCUUCAAGAUUUUAAAUUAUUUUAAAAUCUUUUUCAAAACAAAUUCAAACUUAUAUAGCCAGGUAGUAGAAAAUGCUUUUUAAAAAAAAAAUUAUCAUAUUUGAUGCAAAUAAAUUGUUUAUUUUUUUUUUUUUUUUGGUCAGUUUGUGUUAUUGCUCAAUUAUGUUGUACAGCUUCAAGAUUUAAAAUAAUUUUAAACUCUUUUUCAAAACAGCUAUGCUUCAAUUAGUGCGAGUAUAAUUAGCACAGUAUAAACAUUUUGUGUCAAAAUCUACGUCUUGGGGAAAAUAAUGAGUUACUUAAUUUUCUUUGUCCAUCCCACUACUUAUAAUUUUUCAGUUACAGUUCAUGAAAUCUCUAAUUUGGAUAUUUUCAACUUCUUAAUUGGCUUCAAUUUCUUUUUUUUUUUUGUGUCUCCUUUCUUUACAUCUGUCAUCACUCAGGAGCUUGCUUGAGUGUGUUGAGGAGGAACUUUCUCAAAGGUAAAAAACUGAACACCAAUCCGAGUGAAUGAUUGCAUCAGUCUUUUACAUUCCAUCAUCUUUUUCUUUUUCCUUUGCUUCUUGUCUGAUCAUUCAUUCGCAUGGUUGAAAUGAAUCCUCAAAGUGGGGGGUAGAAAAAAUAUCACCCAUGAAUGCUACAGAAAUCCUUAUCAUAUAUAUUUCUUUGAUAUAGGUCUGAAAAUAUAUCUCAUGAUAUCACACAUUUUGUCUCAAUAUAUUCCUUUUUUUAAUAACUAAUAGAGGCUCAUAUAUAUUGAGAAAAAAAAUAAUUAAAUUCUUAAGUUCUGGGUAUUUCUUUUUAAAUCUACAUUUCACUUUUGUUAUUAAAGAAAUAUAAAUAAACUUGGAAUUUUUAUGUUUAAUAAGUAAUUUUGUAAACUUGACCAUAUUUGAUCCUUUCACUGAAGUCAUUAAUUUUUCUUGACACUCUUAAGUAAAAAAAACCAACAAAAUAGUUGGAUUAAAAAUAUAUGGGCAAUUACUUUCAUUCUAAAGAGAUUGCUUAAUGAGUACAAACCGUUUUUUGUAUACGGUUUAGAAAUGUUUGCAGUUUAUUAGUAUCCCCCCCUCCUUUCCAUCCCAAAGUUACUUGUUUCUUCUUUUAAAAAAAAAAAAAAAGCCAGUAUAAAAAAAAAAGCCAACAAUCUUUUCAGAGGCCAUCGGAGUAGUUUAUGUUUAGAGGAUGGUAUACCUUCUGUUCAUGAAAAGUAAGGAAUUACUAGUUGCAUGUUAAUUACAGAUGGAUGAUUCCUUUCAGUUUGAAUUACCUUUCCUCGUUUGUCAUUGAGUCUAUUUUUUUAGUCUCAAUAGUUUUACCCAGUUAAAAUCACUGUGAAUCAUUUUUUAGCUUUUUACUGUUGAUUUAUAUGUAAUAAAUAAAACCCAUUUACCCAAUUAUACUUUUAUAAAAAUGCUGCAGUAUAAAAUGCUUUAUUUAUCUUACAAGUAAAUUGUAACAAAUAAUUUUGCCUGUUGCACCUUGUUAGUUUUAUCACAAUACCUGUACAAUUUAUGUACCUAUUUAAGUAUUUUUGUUUAGAAAGUUUUUUUUUUUUUCCCUUAACCCCUAAUGACUUAAAAUGGAAUAGUUUAUAACUAAGACCACUGUUAACCUAAACAAGUUUAUAAGUUUAUUAAUUCUACUUAUUGAUAUGCUUGCUGUAUAUCAUAUUACCACACAACACAUUUUAUAUCUUGAAAUUUAGUUAACUGAAACACCAUAGAAUUGUUAGACAAUCUAACAUGAGCACAGAAUUGAAGUAUCUCUUAGGACAUUAAGUAACUGAGUAAAUUUAGAAAAUAGCAUCAGUUGUAUCAUAUGUGAUUAAUUUUUAUAGCUAUUAAAAUGCAAGUACUUAAAAGAACAGUUAGAAAUCAAAGUGUAUAAAAUAUGUGUCACAAAAAGUUGGAUGCCAGUUUGAUUUCUUGAGUAUUUUUAGAAGACCACCUCUAAUUCACCUUCACAUAGAAACCUUGAAUAUAUAUUUUUUGUUGAAAUACAAGCCAAAUUAUGUUUAAGCGCUUGUUAGUUUCUUUUAUUGUGUAUAGCUCACAACUGUGUUAGCAUUUUAUCACAUCUCAUUCCAACGGACCAACAUUUUUUUUCCCACUUGCUUUAAACAAAAAACGAAUUUCAUUUAUAUAUUGUUAAUUUUUUUAAAUAUAUUUUUUUAACAUGCUUAGUUUUUCCCAAAUUAUAAACUAAUUUCCUGUCUUUAGAUCAUUCUCUCCACAAAUACAAAUUUAAAAGUCUAAAUGUCUUCUGUGCCAAAAGUUUAAAAAAAAAGUAUUUUUCCCAUGACCACCUGGAUUAGGUGUUGUUGUUACAGCUAGCUCGUGGCUUUGCAUGGCAGAUUGGUGUAGGGUGUAACAUGGAAAACAAGUCCUCAAAGUACUUUAUUUCUAACGCCUCACAAGUGAAGUCUUUUUUUAUGUGUGAACUUGCUUGUAUUUCAAUCCAAAGGAUUUCAGCAGUGGGUAAUAGGGCAGUUUAUUCAAACAAGGUCCAAUAACCCAGUCUCCAGCUUAAUCCUCUCCCUCAAUACAACCCCUUGUUUAUGUCAACAUGGCUUAGCAGGUGUCGAACUGCAACUACAAAAGUCCAGUCCUCUUAACAAUUUAGCAGUUAAAGAUGACAUUUCACAGUUUUGUAUCUAACAGUUGCCUUUUGUUAUAACAACAAUGCUAGUGUUACCAGUUCAUGAAGCAAAUUUUGAUGUUAAUGAAUAAAAGGUAGCCAAUUAUUGAAUACAAAAUAAGCAUGCCUCAUAAAUGAGCAUCAAUUUUUUUUUUAAAUUUACUUAAGUACCUUUAAAAAUACCUUUAUUUUGAAAGAAUAUAGCAGUAUAUUAUCAUGUUUUUAAAUUUUUUAGUUAGUAAUCUGAUGUGUUAGAUUCUUCCUUUUUGUUUUACUUUUAUUUAUUAAAGUACCAAGGUGGAUUACAAUGGAAAAUUAAUUAUGAACAACAAAAAGAGAACAAAUAUCUUUGUAAAACAAUGGUCCUGAUAUUUACAAAAAAAAUAAUUAAAAUUUAUAAAGUGAUUUAAUGUUCUUAAAUUUAAAUUGCUAAUAGUAAUUGUUCUUAAUAAAAUUGUCAAACCUUUAAUGCCUUUAACAAAAUAAGUUACUUUUAAUGAUAGCACCAACACAUCCAUUCAUUUGUGAUCUCUUGUUUGUUUCAGACCCACAUUACAGCUUCAUCCUUCUUCAGCACCUCCUCCUAAAGUGAGUGUUUAUUUUCUAUCACUAGGACUAUCAUUGCACAAGAUGCUGAAGAAACAUUAGUUUUUUUUAAAGCUUGACCAAAACAUUGAUAAUAACAUGGUUAAUAUUUUUUUAAAAUCACUUUAAAUGUGUACAUUUGGUAAAACUUUGUCUGAAAAUUUCAUGGAAAAAUGUCCCCUUGAUUUUCUAUCUAUUUUUAAAGCUUGACCAAAACAAUAAUAACAUGGUUAAUAUUUAAAAAAAAUCCCUUUAAAUGUGUACGUUUGGUAAAAUUUUGUCUGAAAAUUUCAUGGAAAAAUGUCCCCUUGAUUUUCUAUCUAUUUUUAAAGCUUGACCAAAACAUUAAUAAUAACAUGGUUAAUAUUUUUAAAAAAUCACUUUAAAUGUGUACGUUUGGAAAAAUUUUGUCUGAAAAUUUCAUGGAAAAAUGUCCCCUUGAUUUUCUAUCUGGAAUGAGCUCAACUUUUGUCCUUCCAUGGACUGUCCAACACAGGCUUGUAGUGGUGCCAGAUUUCCUGCCUGGCCAUCCAUGAUGGAAAACACCUACGUUCCUACAUCACUUAUAAUAUACACUGCACAGAUUACAAUUUGCUAUGAAGCAGUACUCUAUUUGUAUUUUAUGAUUUAUUAGCUGGUUGGGGGAGUGCCACUAGAAAGAUUUCAGCUUAAUUUGUCAGCAAAAUAGUAAACCAUUUUAAUUACUUGUCAUUCCAUUAGAGAGACAUAUGAGAUAAACUUAGCUUUUCAGAAAGAGUUUGUUUCUUCUUGUUUUCAGCCUCCCAGAACAUUGGAGCACUCUGGGGCUAAGGGGCACCAUGAUCGACUGAGUAAGUCCGAAGCUGAUGAGGACAGUGAACUUCAGGAUGAUUUUGGUCCCGACAUGGACUCGUUGAUUGAUAGGAUGUUGACCUUGACCCCACAAGCUUCACAUCCAUCCUCUUUACCAGGUCUUGAUUUAACUUGUAAGUAUCUUUAAGUAACAGUGAAUCUCCUGUUAGUAGCAAAAAAUGAGUCAAUACAAACAAGUUAUUUGUUAAGUUCUGAUGUAGGGAUAAACAGAUUAGAAUAUAGUACCUAGGUAAAUGAAAAUCAAUUUUUUUUAACAAGAUAUUAGUAAUAUAAUUGUAAAAACAUACAUACUACAUAAAUCAGUAGCUCACUAACAGCAGCAAAUUUGAAAUCGCAUUAACAAAAUAAUUUUUAUAUUUGACAUAUAAAUUAUUUUGAAAUCAACUUUCCUUUUUUAUGCUUUGUUCUGCUCCCUCUGAUCUAAAAAUAAUCUGAUCUACCAAAAAAAAAAAUUGUCAUACUAUUGAAAAAACAUCACCCUUCUACAGCUCGAAAGCAGAAAGCCCACAGAACAGAUGAAUCUGAAAGCCCACCAGCGUUACCACCAAAAAAGUCACCAGUUUCUCCACACUCUAAUGGAGAUGUUUUACACACUCAGAAUGGAGAUUCACCAGAGGGAGGUGGGGAGGAGAGUAAGCCGCCUCCUGUUAUUCCACCUCGAAGAAGAUUAAAAAAAGAGGAAAAUGUAAGUCAACCUGAAGGAUGUGGAGAGUUUAAAUAAGCAAUUAGUUAUAAUUUUGAAUUUAAAAAAAUAAUUUGCCUCUACUUCUUGGUUACCCAAAAACUCAGAUCUCUAAGCAAUAUAUAUUAAAAAUAAGCAUGUAGUUCAUUUUUGUUGUUGCUGUGCUGCAACUUAAUUGUAGUGCUAAAUUAUUAGUCUUGCAAUAAUUAGUGGUGAUUUGACUGCUUUGCCUCUGACUGAGCCGCUGUGUAAUAAAAGUCAUAAUAGUUAUGUUACUAAGAAACAUUUAUAAUCCAUGAUAGAGUUUAAAUAACUUGAUCGACAGAUACAAACUAGUCAACAUCGUCCAGUUAGCAAUGGUCUUCCACCAACACCUCAGGUUCAUGUAAGUCUUGACUAACAUUAUUUUUACAAAGCUACACAUGCAUGAUGCAUGCUUUUUAAUACCAGUAUUAUUUUCUUCGUUUUUUUUCCAAUAUUUUAUAAGACGGCAUCAUUUUGGGAUCAGAUGAUUUCAGAAAAACUGUCAAAAUUUGAUAAUAAGUACUUAAUGUUCACCCGUCAAAUGCAGUAAAAAGCAUUGAUUUUUUUCACAACAGUGUUUAUAUUUUAUGUCUAAGUUUAACAAUUAUACAAAUAGAAUUAAAGCCAGGGUUAAUGAAGAACAUUGAUGAGGAUAAUGUGAAUAUUUUUUAAGCUUGUGCUGCCAAAAGUAAAUGUCUGAAUAUUUGAGUGUCUGUACCUGCAUUCUUAAUCUUUCACAGAUGGGAGCUUGUUUUUCCAAAGUAUUCAAUGGUUGUCCCCUGCAUAUAAACUGCACAGCCAGCUGGGUACACCCAGACACAAGAGGUCAGUUUCAGCUAUUUGAUGUUGUUUUAUUAUUUAAAGAUAAUUAUGCUUAAAGAAAAAAUAAUUGUUUACAAAAUAAUCACUCUAACCUUGUUUUAUCCAAAAUUAAAAUAUAUUGAAUGUAUGCUUGAUUUAGGUAUUUUUAAAAAAAAAUGAAAAUGGAAAUUACACUGAUAUUACAAGGAAUGUAUAUGAGAUAUUUUAUUGCCAUAUUUUUUCAGACCAAUAUAUUUUUAUUGGGGCAAACGAAGGCUUGUAUACAUUAAAUCUGAAUGAAAUCCAUGAGGCUUCCAUGGAACUGGUGAGUUAAUUCACAGAUGAAAUGAAUUGUGCUCACUGCUAAUUGAACUAAAAGGGGGUUGGACUGCAAUUAAGCAUAACUAGAUUAUUAAGGCAAAAUCAGUUUGAGUUAAGCAAUACAGUUAUGCUUUAAUCAAAAGACAAGAUAAAAGUUGAGGUGCUUCAUCUAAUGACUUCAUCAGUGAAAACAAAAUCAAAAAUUGUCAUGCAAAAAAUAUAUCACUACACAUUUGCAUGGAUUUUAUUCCACACUUUAACAAUGCAUAAUCUUUUACCCUUUAAAUCUUCAGGUGCAUGCAAGAAGGUGCAUUUGGUUGUAUGCUAUAAAAGACAUCUUGAUGUCCUUGUCAGGUAAAUUUUAACAUACAUUUAGUUACAUGUGUUCAAUUCAUAAGUACUUGCAUGCUUUUUCCAGCAGCAAUGUGUCAUGACUCACUCUUUUAUUAUUAUUUUUUUUUUGCCAGGCAAAACCCCAACACUUUACAGGCAUGAUCUAAUGAUGCUCCACACACGACAAACAAGUAGAUUUUCUCUACCCAUGAAUAAAAUUCCAGAAAAACUUGUUCCAAGGUGAGAAUACAUUAAGUUUAAAUGGUAAUGAAAUUCAUGAGACUGACUCACUCGUGUUAUCUAAUGAUGGAAGUAUUGAAGUGUGUUAAAAUGGAUUUGCAUUCAAGUGAUUUUGUUCUUAUCUCCACAGGCGCCUUCAGCCCACGGUUAAAGUUCCUGAUUCACGAGGGUGUCUGCGAUGCUGUGUUGGUCGUAACCCAUACAAUGGCUACCGUUAUCUAUGUGGGGCAUUGGUUAACGGUGUCAUUCUCAUGCAGUGGUAUGAGCCACUCAACAAGUUUAUGUUGCUCAAGGUAAAUGCCUUCAAGCAUUUCUUCAAAACAUUUAAUGGGAUAUUUUCAAAUAAUACGGACAGUUAAGUUAUAUUUAAUGAUAAAAAUAUGGUGUCUUCUAUUGUUAGGAUCAGUAUGAUGAAACUAUAGGCCUUCAAAAAUUAUAAACUUACAGAUUUGGGGGCCAAUAAUUUCACAAAUACACCGUAUUUUAUUUUGUACCACUUGUUUUAUGUUUUUUUCUAAUUUAUGUUGUAAAUGUCAUUUAAAUUAACUAUUAAAAAAAAAAACAAAUUAAAUUUGUACCCUUGAAUCAAUUAAGUUUGUAACAAUUGAAUAUUAAAUGUUGGAGAGAGAAAAAUGAUUAUAUCUUUGCUUUGCUUUGCAGACUUUUGAAACCGAACAAAUGCCACCCCAGCUGCAAGUUUUUGAGAUGUUCAUUAGCCCUGAGUUAGAGUACCCAAUGGUGUGCUAUGGCGUUAGGAAAGGGUAUGUAUUUUAAAUAAAUCAGAGGUAAAUGUUGGCCUGGACUACCACUUCUUUCAUUAUGAAUUUUGCAGUUGCUUCUUUUGUUUUAAAAAUGUGAGGGAUUUUACAGAACUGACUGAAUGUUUACUCCUUACUUUAAUGAAGGAACCAAUUUAAUUCUUUUGUGUCUGCCUCAGCCAUGACAGGAACCAUGUGAAAUUUGAUGUCAUCAAUUUGAACAGCAUGACAAGCUGGUUUACAGAUGUGGACCCAAACUCAGGUUAGGACAAAGAUGUAUUUUUUUUUUAAAAAAAAGGAGAUAGCACACAAUUUGAAAUUUACACAACUUUGUAUAUAACACAGAAUACUAUAAUAAAGGUUGCUGGGUGACUGAGCGGUUUAAACUGAGUCAAUCCCAAGCUGUUGGACAGAAUCUCAAUCCCCAGCAAAUGUCUAGACAAGCAAAGACAUCGCCAGCACUACAAUGUAAAAAUGAGCAUAAUUCCAAAAAUGUAAUAAAAUGCAAGAAAAAUGCUCCAUUAAAAUAAUUUUUAAGUGACAUUUCUUGUUAUUAAAGCUUAUAAACUUGAAAUUUUAGGGUCUCAAGUUUAAUUUUUAAAAUGACUGAUUCUACGUGUUAUGGAAUUGCUGAUCGAUUCUACUUGUUAUGGAAUUGCUGAUUGAUUCUACGUCUUACGGAGCUGCUGAUUUAUUCUAAGUGUUAUGGAAUUGCUAUGUGCUUUUUUUUUUCUUGUUUAUAAAAUUUUACUUGUAAAAUGAUUUUGAGUUUAAAUUGUUUACUUUUUCAGCCGUGGACCUAUUACCUGUGGUCAACGUCACCCAGCUGGAAAAAGAUACAGUAUUGAUAUGCUAUGACAGUGAGUCGUUGUAGUGGCACAUUAUGUGUGAGCUGAAUUGUAACAUGUAUGCAAGCACUUUUAAAAGUCACAUUGAGUAUUUUAUUAACUUUUUUUGUUCAUCUUACUGUAAAUAGAAUUUUUUUUAGCUAUUUUUAGUGCAGCUGAAACUUUAGCGAAAACUUUACAAGUAUAUUGAUUAUAAAUAAUACUUUGCAGAAUUUGUAAAAGUUGUAAGCUUGAAUGGGAAGCUGAAAUCCAGUAGGCGGCAACAAGCAGAACUUCACUUCGACUGUGUUGUAGAUUCUUUAGGUAAGCUAUUAUUUAAUUUUUUUUUGGUGCUGUUUUCACAUUAAGAAUUCUAUUGACAGUACAUUUCAGCAUCUAAAUUUUGGACAAUCUCUUUAAAUGUUAUGGAAAAAUGCAAACAGAAAUAUAUCUUUCUGUUUUACAAAGGGAGAUAGCUCAACUACAAUCAAUAUUUCAGACAGGAACAUUUUUUCACAAAAAUCCUCAUCACAAAUAAAUGUGAUGAAUAGUCUUAGAAAAUCUCCCAGUACUUCAUGACAAAAGUGUUAUUGGUGAAAAUCAAUAUAAUUGUUUAUAAUGUUUCAUAUGCAUUGUUAAAUAUGGCAGCUGGUAAUUAAAAAUUAAAUUUAAAUUACUGUUGCAGACCUUACAACUUACGGUCUUUUUCCAUCAGUAUCUUUGCCCAGUAACUGAUGAUAAUAUACUUUAUUUACAGUAACUUUACAAGAUAGUGUACUAGCCUUCCAUAAACAUGGCAUGCAAGGACGAAGUUUCAAAGCCAAUGAGGUAAGAACAUGGCAGACUUUGGACGCAAACCAAAAAAAAAAAAAAGUAUUUUAAUUGGUUAUUACGAAUUGAGUCUAUUCACAGAAGAAAAAAGUAAAUCUCAAGGCGCAAAUUUUUAUUAUGACUGGUUUAAUAGCUGGAGUAAAAGGUGUGAUUUGUGUGGAAAGGAUGAUGACUUAGUGUGGAUCAAAAAGUGGAUCAUUAUAAUGAAAUGUAAUUAAAGUGCAUACUAUUAGCACUUGAUGAGUUUUAAAAUUAAUGUUAUGAAGUAAACUUUGUGCUGCAAAAGAUUAAUAUAUAUAACUGGGGCUUAACUGGGAGAAGAUUUUUUUACACCUGGGUUCGGUUAUUUUGAGAAAAUACCCCGUGGGUCCAAGUGUUACAAAAUAAAGUUAACUUCUCAUUUCUGUAAUAUAUGUCGGUGUUGAAACAAUAGACCUACAGACAUACCUACAUCAUACCCAUCGCUCUUAAAUGAUUAACAUAAAAGUCGCCUCCGAAAAAAAUUCAGCUGCUUCCUUUUCACAACCAGCCCUCCCUACUCAACAUGAUUUAUAAUAAUAGUACUGAGUGGGAAAAAAAAGCAAGCAGCGGACGUCAUGCACGAUGGUUGAACUCAGGUUAAAAAGUAGGGGGAGGGCCGGUUGUGAAAAGAAAGCAGCUACACCAGAAGAAAAUUUAUAUAAGAGAUUAUGUAUGUCUUAUGGAUUAUAUGUUGUAUCCUUUACAUAUAUAUUAUGUAAAUUCAUUUUAUACUUAAAUGAUUGGGGGUUUUUUGGUUUGAUUUUGUUUUACUGAUGAAGGUAUUUGCAGAAACGUUUUAUUUUUUUCACAAAUUAUUUGUGUCUCAUUAAUCUACUUGAAAGCUUUAUAGUUGUCUAACACUUGCAUAAUUAGUUAAUUGCAGCAUAAGAAAUCAGUAGAGCGACCCUUUUUAUUUUAACAUUAAAAUAAUUACCUUCAGAGCAACAAAAAAAAUUUGGGAUCGGAUAAAAAAAAAUUGUGUUAUAAUUUGUACUUCUUUUAAUUUUAGGUGACUCAGGAAAUAAUUGAUAAAACCCGGAUAUUCAGGCUCCUCGGCUCUGACAGGUAAGCUAAUUUGAAUUAAGAAUUUGUUUUCAUUUUAUUUAAUUUAAAAAAAAAUUCUUUUCUAUCUUGACUUUCCUGUCUUCAGUUUAAAAUAAUAAAAAGGUAAACUGUUGCCUCUUUUUUUAAAAAAAAGGAGAUAGCACACAAUUAUUUCCCUUUUCAAAACAAAAACUGGCGUUUGUUCCCCUCAAAGUCUUAGCGUAUCACAGUUACAGUUGUGAGGUUUUGUUUUGUUGGGAAGGCAUCUCCAAAUCAUUGCAGUUACACACUUUAGUUACUAUUUUCAAUUUGAUGUAUCAAAAUGUUUAUUAGUUUCAACAUUUCAAAUUUGAUCAUCUCUCUCUCCUCCUCCCUCCUCCCCCCCCCCCCCAUCUUAAAAUCAAAGUGUGUUAUUAAGUCUGCAUGUGUAAAACAGAUGAGUUGCAUGUAAAGGACUGAAUAACCAAGGGAGUUAGAGGAAAAUAAAGGGUUUCACCUUCCUAUCCUUAUGCUUUGUUUUUAAAAAAAAUAAAAAUUGAAAAAAAGAACCAAGGAAGGAAAUGUUGGAGCACAUGACAACCUAACACACACACACAGGUACUUAAUCACCUUUUUAAAGAAAUUACUAAACACUAAGGACAUGCUUGUACUUUUAUUGUAAGAAGUUGAGGAUGAUCUCCCUUUCACAGCAAGAUCACAUGUUAAAUAAAAAAUAUCAUAAUUUGUUAACUUCCUGGAUUUAUUAAGACAGGAGUAACUUAAAUUGGAGAGACAAAUGGCGUAGUUCAGGUUAGUGCCGUCACUUCGCUUCCACACAAAAAACAACAACUGAAGAUGUCCGAAAAUAAAUGCCCCCCCCCCCCUUUUCCUCCAUGUAAAGAAAACAAUUGCUGCCACCUUCGCUCCUCCCACGCCACUGACUGCAGUUAUGUUUGUGCACAAAGAUGAUUUGUAAACACCAAUUUGCAGCUGUCUUUCCGCUGCUUUGGUGGUUGAUGUUUUUUUUUGAACUCAUGGGAAACCUUCAUCUUUAUUUGCUGCCAAUUAGUUCCAUCCACCUGACUAUUUCAGGAUAGUUUGGGAUGACCUUAUCUGAAUUCAAAGCCAACAUAAGACUGGGCCAUGUGGGGGAAGGGACGCUUCCUGCAUUAUCAUAUACAACCUGUCUUCAUCUAAAUACAGCAUUUUUGUUGUGUUACAGGGUUGGACCAUUUCUGUGUUUGGUUUCUUGCACAUAAAUCUCAUCCUCUAUGACUCUUUACCCCACUGUUUAUAUGUGGCUAGGGCAUGUGAGAAAUAUCUCACAAACACCAAAGAGAAAUCAUAAUUUAUUGAUUAUUAUGAGGAGAAAAAAAGCGGGGGGGGGGGGAGGAUCAAUAUACCAUGUUAUUAAAAAUAUCUUUUGAUAACAGAUUUAGCUUCUAAAGGUAGUAAAUCACCACCCCAUUGGCCGGCUAUCAUUUUUUCCAACUGUUUAUAUGUGGCUAGGGCAUGUGAGAAAUAUCUCACAAACACCAAAGAGAAAUCAUAAUUUAUUGAUUAUUAUGAGGAGAAAAAAAGCGGGGGGGGGGGGGGGAUCAAUAUACCAUGUUAUUAAAAAUAUCUUUUGAUAACAGAUUUAGCUUCUAAAGGUAGUAAAUCACCACCCCGUUGGCCGGCUAUCAUUUUUUCCCUAUCAUAAGUUAAACAAUGACAUGGCCAAGGGAAAAAGGUUGUACUGGGUAGGACUGGUAGUUACAGUAUCAAAACCGGACUCACCUCUUGGGUGUUUUUGAGUUCUUAGUUUCCAACAUUCAAUCAAGUUGAUUGGGUUCCAGGUUGAAAGAUUUGUAUCAGCAUGCUUUUGUCUUAAGCAGGUGUUUAAAUUCCUUUUAAUUCAGUCGUCCUCUCUCUUCAUGCGCUGUCUCUAACUCUAAUGAUUUUAUUGUUCUUGGGUUUGAUUUUUGUUUGAAUGAGUAUUAAUGUCAAGAGACAUAUAGUGUGUGGUGGGGGGCCAAAAUUUAAGGUUUACUACAUGAGGUUACAAUCAAAGGGAAGUUACCCCAGGCGUUCCUUGGAAUUUUUGAGGGGGGGGGGAGACUAAGGUAUCACCAUAACUCAUCCCCCUAAAAAUAAAUAUAUAUAGACAAAAAUCGCCAUCACCAAAUGGAUAGUUUUAGAAUCCUGUGAACACUUGAGCAUGUUCUUACAGUUCCAGAUAAGUUGAUAUUACUUGUCCUUUGUACUGAAUCUCUGAGGACUUUCCAUCUAGAGCUUUAGAACCCCUGAUUUAAAGACUUACACCCCCCCCCCCCAAAAAAAAUUGGCACAUCCCGUUGGUAUCACUUGUAAUGAAAGGGAAGGUUAGUACCGUUUCUCUACUGAUCGACUUUGUGACCAACUUCAUAUCUCCUGCAAGCCCGUUCUUAGGCAUACGCUGACUACGCAACCGCUUAGGGCCCCGAACGUGAGGGGGGCCCCCGUGAGGCGCCCUCGAUCCCCCGGUUUUUUUUUAAACUGGCACUGCAGCUGUCUGCAGUGUUGGGUGGGGUUUUCUCCUCAGCUCAAGGGAGCUCCACCCCUGACCCCCCUUCUUCCGGGGCCCUCAACCUACGCCCCAUGCUUAGGGCCCCCAAACUCCUAAGAACGGCUCUGUCUCCUGUAUAGCACAUUGAACACCACAUCUAUAUUUGAUACAACCUUGAUGACCACAAGGCCACAGAAAGAUAAUUCCCUAAUAAUUUACCAUUCUGUUUCAUAUAUACGCUGGUUUUUAACAUUUAAUUUUGAAAGCAGGUGACAUGUAUUAUACAUCUUAAAAAAAACAAAUCUAACAACUUCAAUCACGAUGUUAAAACUUCGUGUGUGUGUGUGUGUGUGUGGUGUGGGGGGUGGUUUUGGAUGGGUGGAGGGAGUUUUCUGCGAUGGUUUAUCUCAAAAUCAAUGGACAUGCCAUGUCAGCAACAGAAGAAACACUCUUGUAGCUUUGUACCGAUGAGCAAACGCGCCCGAUGGACAACUUCUUUAGUGUUAAAAAGCAGGACGGUAACCUCACACUGUAUCUUCUGGCGGUCUCAUAUGACGGCAUCUUCUGUCUGUAGCCGUUGGGUUAUCACCUUUGACGUGAACCGCUCACAAAUCUGUGCCAGUAGCUGUUAUCAUCUUUGACUUGAAAUAAAUUGGACGAUAACCACACAUAUCUUGGUAAUAGAAAUUCGUGUGUAACUGAGCCCUGCCUACAACAGAGGUUGAAACAGUUUUGGGGAACAUACUAAUUAGUUCUUUUCUCAUUUAAUGAACAGUACAAUUUCGAAGCUAGGUCAAUGCGCUUACGCGGAGAAACGUAAGAACCGGCGUCACCUCUCGGGACCUUUCAGUUUUCCUCGACCCGACUCAGCGCACGUUGUUGCCAUAUUGAAAGUGAAAGUCAACAACCUUUUUUUUCCCAGGUGGCCGGUGAGAUAAGGGUCGUUUUAACAUCCUUGUGGCUAUGGUGUUUUUUUUUUUUUUUAAAGUACAGGUCCCGCCACUCCAGGGAAGACGGUGGGUAUCAAAUCUAAUGGACAAAGGACGUUAAGGUUUUAGACAAUUUAAUUUGUGUUAAAAGUUGGCCGAAAAAAAAACAAACGGUUAAAAAAAAACAAAAAAAAAAAAACAAAAGAAAGACUGGUCUAACGCUAUGCAAAGAAAAUGGACACCAAAGCUAGUGAUGGUAAAAGUUGAUUUAGUUCUAUCAAUGAAUGUUUAUACAAAUACAAACUUUGAGUACAGAAGCGAAACACUUUAUCAACGUGGACGAAGUGGAAACGAAAGUGCAUGCCUCAAAAUAUAAAUAUUAAUUUAUACACUCCAUAGUAUAACGCCUCGUGUUUUUGUCUAAGUCUCGCUAUAUGACUGUGGCUACAAGUCUCGAUAACUGUAAGCCUAUCUGUUAAGAAACCUGUCGGGCUUUAUACCGGUAUAGGAAUUAAAUCCAAACGAUCUAAUGGAGAAAAUCAAAUCUAGAAAUAAUUGCGUCACCCAUUGGCAUUCAAUAGAACAAAUGGAACGCAUUAUAAUGUAACAGACCUGUUUACCCUCAAACUCUUAAAAUCGUACAAUAUUAUCACAAAAUCGUUCAAUACCGUAUAUUUAUAGUAAAAAUAAACAUACAUUAUAUACAAUGUUUACACCUCAAAAUCGUACAUUGUACGCCAAAAUCGUAAGAGUAAACAGGUCUGAUGUAAACAACUUUUUUUUUUACCCAGCAAGGAUAAGGGGCGGGCAAGGAAGAAAUGACAACACACUUUCGGGUUACCGGAAAUUUGAUCGAAAGAAAUUUCGUGGACGGUAAAUUGACCGAACGGAAAUUUGGUCGAAUAUUUUUUUCAGUUCACGCGUUAAAAUUUUCGUUCAAUUUCUUUUUGAGCGCACUAUACCAUAUAGAAAAACAAAAUAAUGCGUUCAAAAAUAAAGUUGAAGCAAAAUUUUAACGUAAAAACUGGAAGGAGAAAAAAAAAUGAUUCGACCAAAUUAACGUUCGUUCAAUUAACCGUCGAUCAAUUUACCGUCGACGAAAUUUCUUUCGAUCAAAUUUCCGUAUACGCACUUUCGUGGUCAAGCUCAAGGUCAUUACUAGCAGACAAGUUGUGGAGGCUAAAAAUAGCUCUAUGUUGACGUUUUAAAAUAAGCCAAGCCCUACGCUUAACUUGGCGAUAUAUAACAACGGUACAUCUCCCGGAAGCUCAUUCUUCAGUCUUUUUAUCAGCCGUGAAAAGCUUAACUAGCAAUUCGGUAAGUUAGUAAAAGGUUUGGAGCACCCACCACUUCGUGAAAUAACCGAGAACCACUGAUUCGUGCUAAGCAUGGCACCACAUGGUUCCCACCCGCCCCCUUCUCUUCUCCCCCCCCCCCAUCCCGCCUCGCUAUCUGUUGAUAUGUUGCCAUGGCAGCCGGUCAUGACGCUGACAGUCGUAUAAUUAACGCGGCUCAUACGAUAUGAUCACUGGAGACAGAAAACCAUUUCCCCACGCCGGAACCACCACAUCAAUGUUCAUGUUCCUUACUAAAAGACACAAAUAAAUUAUAAAGAGCCGACGCCUCGCUGACGAUACGAGUGGCGCGAUCCUCAAGGUGCGCCUGACACCAACGCGGGAGGGAGAGGCAUUGUUUUGGCAACAGCGUGAUCUGAUAGGUUUUUAAAAGGAAAUAGGAAUUCGGGAGAAAGUUAAUUUCCCAGUAUUUGCGGUCUUGGUAUCAAAUGUUAAAAUAUUUUUAAAAGUUGUUGGUGUUUUUACAUGGGAGUUCGAUUUAUUAUUUUUUUUAAGAAUUCGAAGAAACAGACAAAGUAGUGAGCAUGCACGUGAAAUUAUUGUGUGUGACGCAGAUCAAUAUUUGAGACAACCUUUUUAUUUGAGACAACCUUCAUGACGUAUUUUGAAAACUCAGUUUUGCCAUCCGAUCGUGGUGUAUUGCGUAACCUGCCCAAGGCUGGCAACCGUCCGUAAGCGUGGCCAUAAACUGACCUGUCCGCUAAGGACCGCAAGAACUUGAGGUUUCCGGGUGGAAAUGAGAAAUUGUUUAUAAGAAUUUUGAAACGAAAAAUAACUGGGAUUUUCAGCGCGCAUGCUAUUUUUCUUUCCUUAACUUCGGAUGAGUGUAAGCCGUGAAAAAAGAAACGUAUUGAUUAGAAUUGCAUACGGUAAACGGAAGCCACAUCAUUAAAAUAGAGAUUUGCGUCAUAUGUAUGAUAAUCACUGUUACAGGCCUACUUUAUAGGGGCAUAGGUAUAUGACAAGAAUAUUUUUUGAAUGUUUCCAUAGUUACUUAAUGUUUUAGCUACACAAUGUUUUUUGGCUGCAUAGUAGUUGCACAAUGAUAUAAGCUCCAUAGUUACACAAUAUUUUUAGCUCCUUAGCUACACAAUGUUUGUUUUUUUGGCGGCAUAGCUACUCAAUGUUUCUAGCUCCAUAGUUACACAAUGUUUUUGCUCCAUAAUUACACAAUGUUUUUGCUCCAUAGUUACACAAUAUUUUUAGCUCCUUAGCUACACAAUGUUUUUUGGCGGCAUAGCUACUCAAUGUUUCUAGCUCCAUAGUUACACAAUGUUCUUAAUCCAUAGUUACACAAUGUUUUUGCUCCAUAGUUACAGUGUUUUACUCCAUAGUUACACAAUGUUUUUAGCCCCAUAGUUACACAAUGUUCUUAGCUCCAUAGCUGCGCAACGUUUUUAGCUCCAUAGUUACGCUAUGCUUUUAACUCCAUAAUUACGCAAAUUUAUAUUUUAAAAAUGCGUCCGUAAAAAAAAAUGUGUUACGCCCAUAUUUAUUUUGAAGAUUUGAAAUAUUUGUAGGUAGCUAUUAUUUUAAUGAGUUGGCAACCCAUAAUCUACCGCCAAGUUCUGCGCCUUCCACCUGGUAGCCCAAGACUAAAAUUAAGGAAGGAAAGACAUUUCUGAACAUUUUUCAAAUCAAUAAUUGAUUUCUUAUGUUAUCUUUAUGUCUAAGUGAAACCCAACUCUCCAUAUAGCAUUAAAAUAAAUAUUUGGUUCUCGAACCAAGCCAAGAGUCACGCUCAAGGAGAAAAAGAAAUAUAUUUUUUGUUUUUGUUUUUACAAAUUUGUUAAUGAUGUAAACAUUUUAAAAAAAUCUGAAUCGCCACUAAGUGGUCUUAACACAUCAUUGAGAAAAUGUAUGGUAUUGCUUCAUGGAUUUAAAAAAAAUCAUUUAUGAUUAUUAUUAUUUUAUUAUUUAUAUUUAUUUAAUGAAUUAUUUUCUUAUUUUGGUGGGGGGGGAGUGUGUGUGUGUGUAUGGGGGGGAUGUCUUGGGAGGAUAAUAUUGAGUUGCACGAGAUCCCAUUCACUAUAUGAUGAGAUAUUUGUGUGUGUGGGCGAUUCUUGGGUUGAGGACGGAGAGACUUGGGUAGUUUUCCAUAGCAUCAUAUAUGCGCUCAUUGCAAUCUUUUAUAAUGUGUAUAUCAAACACGAAAUGAACGUUUCGAAUGCCGCACAUUUUUUUUUAAAAAACCGAACGUACACAAUUUAAAACUUGUUAAGCAGAGUAAACAAGAAGAUUAUUGUGAACCGAUUCCAUCCUCUCCAGAAUCCUUAUUGGAGAGCCAUCCUUAUUGGAGAGCCAUCCUUAUUGGAGAGCCAUCCUUAUUGGAGAGCCAUCCUUAUUGGAGAGCCAUCCUUAUUGGAGAGCCAUCCUUAUUGGAGAGCCAUCCUUAUUGGAGAUCCAUCCUUAUUGGAGAGCCAUCCAUGGCUACCUGGUCAUAACCCCGGGGGUGUGACAGUACGUGUAAUCGAUGUGUUACAUGCCAUCUCGGUGCACCCUCUGAGGGAUGUUUAUAUCAGGAUAAUGUCUAAUUAUAUCAACCUGGUUGUUAACUCUUAGUUGGUGUGGAGCGUCAUGAUCCUAGACUUUAUGUUGGGACGUUAUGUCUGUCACGUACUCAGGCACACAUUAAUUCGCCAUGCCUGCUUCUGAUCGGGUGUCAAUAUCCAGGGAAAAAACUUCGCUACAAAGCGAUACUUCUUCAUCAGGUUCUUUGAGAGGAUUGUCACCGAUCCGUAGUUGAUUGGUUUCUAUCAUUAAAUCCUUGAACACGUUCAAACGACGUAAUCACAUCGAGAUGAACACAAAUCCCUUUUCCAUCAGCAAUGUAAACUUUGAUCCCGAAACCUAUCUAUCAGGCUGUUCAAUGAAUUAAACACAUGCAUACCUCAGCUCACCAUAAGAAGGAGAAUUGUGCAAAACCAUUCACUACAAAGUUCUCUCAACGAUUGCUGAACGAAAAUGAAAUGCACAUACGCCAAAGACACUGCGUCUUAAUGGGAGUCGCUUAGUCACUUCCUUGUUUGGUCACGUGAGAGUAAGCCAUCACUAGGCUGCUACACACAACAAAAGAUACUUCAUCAGUGCUUCCCCAAUGUCAUGUUACUUAAAAAUUUUACCUUUCGUAAUAUUCUGGAAUACACGCGUUUUUUAAAUGAAAUACAUAAAUGUGACAAUAUUUAUACGUCAGUUAUAAUUAAAGGAAGAAAGUUAUUUCAAGAAAAAUUUGUGAGUGAUAUUCGAUGGGAACUAUCAGUACUAUUAUCGGCAGGCUGUUGUUGAGCUCCGUGCGUGCUCAUGACGUCAUUUGCGUGUUUAUUCAAUAUUGCUGCAGGUGUCAUUCCCCUUUGUUUAUUUUAUUGUUAAUUUUCAUUGGACGAAAUGUCGGCAUACCCAUGACGUCAUUUACGUUUUUAUUCAAUAUCGGUGCGGCGAAGGAAUAUUUUAAUAACCGGUUGGAACAAGAUUUCAUGUGAAUAAUUAACGAAGGUCCACUUUGUCAAGCCAUUGUCUUAAAUGUUCUUUAUCCUUAAGCGGAAACUUAUGCAGACUUAUACCGCUGUCCUCAACUUGACUGUUUGAACACCCAAAAGCCGAACAUUGCCUAGGUGUCUUGAAUUACUAUUUGUAGUGUGUGUCAAGCACUGGUGUGUUGUAUACAGCCUACCGGAAGUCUUACUCGUUUUUACUCUCAUCACGUGACAAAUCAAUCGAAUAAGCGACUCCCAUUACUAUAAAUAUACGUCAUCAACUUAAUGGUGGGAAAAGCGUUCAUUAACUAACUCUCAAAACACGCGCACAGUAAAAGACAAUAUUCGAUGUGCAAAAUUACUUAUGAAUAUCGAUACUCGAAGACAAGGAUCUCUUGGUAGAUUCUUGGACUGAUUCCUAGCAUUUGACAGACCUGCUGUGUUGUUGGGCUCCUUGUGGACUAAUUAAUGGAUUUUUAGAUCUUUUUCUGGCUUUUUGGCAAUGUCAGGACGCUUGCUGGUUGUUCUUUAUUUAACCGACUCUAUCAGCCUAGUAACGACUCUAUCAGCCUAGUAACGACUCUAUCAGCAUAUUAACGACUCUGUCAGCCUAGUAACGACUCUAUCAGCCAAGUAACGACUCUAUCAGCCUAGUAACGACUCUAUCAGCCUAGUAACGACUCUAUCAGCCUAGUAACGACUCUAUCAGCCUAGUAACGACUCUAUCAACCUAGUAACGACUCUAUCAGCCUAGUAACGACUCUAUCAGCCUAGUAACGACUCUAUCAGCCUAGUAACGACUCUGUCAGCCUAGUAACGACUCUGUCAGCCUAGUAACGACACUGUCAGCCUAGUAACGACUCUGUCAGCCUAGUAACGACUCUGUCAGCCUAGUAACGACUCUGUCAGCCUAGUAACGACUCUAUCAGCCUAGUAACGACUCUAUCAGCCUAGUAACGACUCUAUCAGCCUAGUAACGAUCUCUGUCAGCCUAGUAACGAUCUCUGUCAGCCUAGUAACGAUCUCUGUCAGCCUAGUAACGACUCUGUCAGCCUAUAAAAUACCCAGUCAGUCCAAAAAAAGACUCUGUCAGCCUAGUAACGACUCUAUCAGCCUAGUAACGACUCUAUCAGCCUAGUAACGACUCUAUCAGCCUAGUAACGACUCUAUCAGCCUAGUAACGACUCUUUCAGCCUAGUAACGACUCUGUCAGCCUAUAAAAUACCCAGUCAGCCCGAAAAUUGACCCUGUAAGCCUAUAAAAUAACCAGUCAGUCGAAAACAACGACCCUGUCAGCCCGAAAAUUGACCCUGUCAGCCUAUAAAAUACCCAGUCAGUCCAAAACAACGACCCUGUCAGCCUAUAAAAUACCCAGUCAGUCCAAAACGACUCUGGCAGCCUAUAAAAUACCCAGUCAGUCCAAAAAAACGACUCUGGCAGCCUAUAAAAUACCCAGUCAGUCCAAAACAACGACCCUGUCAGCCUUUAAAAUACCCAGUCAGCCCAAAACAACGACUCUGACAGCCUAUAAAAUAGACCGCCCGAAAAUCGACCCUGUCAGCCUAUAAAAUACCCAGUCAGUCGAAAACAACGACUCUGUCAGCCUAUAAAAUACCCAGUCAGCCCGAAAAACGACCCUGUCAGCCUAUAAAAUAGAGUAAUAAGGGAAGAGACUGCAGUCAGGUUAUCAAAAUAGGAAAGAGUAAAACAAAGUAAAGUUAAACCUUUAGAAAAAAAGGAACGCAACAAAACAACGAACAUCUCGACAGGAAGCCUUCGUCGGCGAACAAACAGAAAAAACAGAAUGAAAUUUAAAAAAAAUAGUAGUAGUAUUUGAGAGGGCAGCAAAAUAACUGUCUGUUAGCCUGGAACUCUUUGUCAGCCUAGAAUCUACUCAUUUAGCCUAUGAAAUACCCAUUCAGCCCAGAAAACGACUAUCAGCCUAGAAACAACUUUGUCAGCCUAGAAACGACACUGUCAGCAUAGAAACAACAUUUUCAGCCUAGAAACGACACUGCCAGCCUAGAAACGCUCGCUUAACUCAUAUGCUCUGUUAUUCUCAGUAAAACAGCUUACAGAAUUCUUCCCAUUUGUUAUAUUUUCAUACUAAACCUUUUAUUUAAAAAAAGAAAGCCGCUUGACUGCGUCUUUUGGACUCUGGUUUUCAACACCCUCAUACAUCGCCCCACUCCGCAGUUUGAGGAAUCUGUGUUGUGUGUGUCUAUGUUGAACUGGGAGGCACAUGCUUGAAAGGCAAAUUAUUGUUUUGUUUUGUGUUUGUUCGUUGAUGUCAGUCGUUGGUCUUGUUCCCGGCCUGUUUAUCUCCAGCUGAAUACCCGUAGAGGGAAUCGUUUCAAAUAUAUUUUAAUUUCAAUAUAUGGUCGACCCCCCCCCCCCCGCUCAAAAGAUACGAAAACACCCCCGGUUUAGCCUGUUUAGUUUUGGUAAAUCCUUUUGUUGAUAAACGCAUGCAGAUAUCAUAUGUACCGCACUCAGUGCCAGCUUAACCCAGCUGUAAAACAUCCAUUGUCAAGCACCAAAUUUGAACUCUGAUGUUGCAAAACAAGUAUUUCCAUAGACAUGUGUCUGGUAUCUGUAUAACAGGAGUUCUUCGUCAUUCACAUAAGGCCUUGUUGCAUAAUAAAAGAGUCCCUUAAAAACACACACACACACGCACAAACAUGGCGUAGCUGUUGUAAAUCAUGUCUUUCCAUUAGCUACAUGUUUGCUCGAACCAUGAAACUACACGCCCAUCUCAUGUUAUAUGUUUUAUUUGUAUGGUUAUCACAAUCUUCUUUAUCACACAAUUUUAUAAGGCAUUGCUAUUAUAUUAUUCCAUACAAUUUUCUCAUUUGUCUCCGAAACAAAAACACAAACGGCUGCUUUAAAAAAAAAAAAAAAAAAAAAAAAAAGAAAAAAAACUGUAAAAAAAGUCCCGCGUAAAAAAAAAAAAAAAACAAAAACACAAACGGCUACUUUAAAAAAAAAAAAAAAAAAAAAAGUCAUGUCAAUACACUGUAGAGAAAUGUCCGCGUAAAAAAAAAAAUCAGAGCCGAUCAUUCAGAUAACAAGAAUUCAAUAUCUGAAAAUCGUUUAUCAUGCAAACCCCAUGUUUGUGGUAAUUGAAUUUUAUUUUAUUUAUUAUUAUUUUAUUAUUUUUGUAGUUUAUUGGCUAAGGUUCCAUCGUUGAGCGCCGUCACGUCUAUUUUCAAUGUUUAAAGAUGCAUGAAAUAAUUGGACAGAUAGCGCUGUAUCACGAAAUCAGCAUUGAUUUUGGCCCUUAUUUCGCGCAAAAUAACUAUCUCAGAAAAUGAUUAUUUAUUGCGUUUUAUUCCCCUCCCCCCCCUUUUUUUUUUCCUUCUAGGAAAUGUAAAGUUCUUAAAUAGAUUUUCUUUUAAUUAUAGUAUUAAUAAAAAAUCUUUCGCCAUGACUGCUCAACAAACUGAUCUCAAUAUUGAUCCUUAUUACGUUUUGGUCAACAAAUCAUGGAUUCGAAAUUUAUAGAAUUAUCAAUGGUGCACAAAAACAGAAGGUUUUGAGAGUCUAAGUAAGCCAUUGAAAAACAACUGUGGAAAGUAGCGAACAUUUUCACACACGUCUGGAGUAACUCAUGUCACCGAUUAGUGUGCUGCAAACUCAAAGCCCGAAGAAAGAAUUCCGGAGUUAAAUCAGUGUCGGGAUCUGGUUGUAUGAAUUGUUUUGUCUUUAGUCUGCUGAUAAUAAGUUAGUUGUGAAGGUAUGUGCCUGCCGCUAAUUAUUUGUAUAAAACUAUUCAGGGUAUUCUGGUUGCAUGGGAUUCGUGUGGGGAAAACAUAUCACACAAAUAAAUAACAUCUGGAGAUGGUCAUCGGGAGCUAAAGAUAUCCAAAGUCUUCUUACGCAAGCGCCCCCCCCCCCCCCCCCCCCCCCACAAACCAAAAAAAAAAUUGUUGGUAGAAAAAAAAAAAAAAAAACCCCCCGCCUCAAAAAAGUUAUGAAAUUUGGUGAUGCAAUAAUAACUAAAUGAACAAGUAGCAAACCGGUCGCUAUAUUCUUGAUGGCUCGGCCGUAUUUGAGCCCUGUCUAGAACUAUAUCGUAGCGAAAAUAUCACUGUGCUUACAAUACACUCGCUUGCAGGGUUUCGCAACCUGGGGUGCUCGCAACCGUAGGGGUGUGAAGGAGGCAUCUCGGGGGAUGCCAGGAAAGGGGAUUAUAAAAGAAGAGAGAAGACGUGAGCUUUUUAAUCUUAUGAAAUCAUUUCCGAGUGGAUCUAGUCCGUCCCGCUUUCAUAGCGCACCGUUAUGCGCUCUCGUUCGCUGCUCCCCCCCCCCCGGUCGUACGCUUUAUCACGUACACACCAAAUGCACACAAAAGAACUAAGCGCCAUCUGGGGCUAUCACUAUAGAUUAUGCACCUCUUCCCGUAUUUAACUCAAGCAACGUUGUUGCGUCGCCCCAGCUACUUAUAAAAGAAAUGUUGAUAUACUUUUAACCAUUUCACCGUUAACAACUUCCUUCAUGUGAAAAGUCCCAACUUUAUUGUCUGAGUUCUUAAGUUCUCUCCCUUGCAAUUCAAUAGAUAAAGUUGAGAUCAAUUUCUUUCAAAUGUUAAAAUGCAUUGUUGCUUUUGUAGGGACUGCAAUACUUGGUCAAACUAUUCGUUGGCGGUGCAAGACUCGGUCAAACAAUUCUUAGGGUGUUCAAGACAGACUUGGUCAAACAAUUCGUAGGGUGUGCAAGACAGACUUGGUCAAACAAUUCGUAGGGUGUGCUAGACAGACUUGGUCAAACAAUUCGUUGGUGGUGCAAGACUUGGUCAAACAAUUCGUAGGGGCUGCAAGACUUGGUCAAACAAUUCGUUGGUGGUGCAAGACUUGGUCGAACAAUUCGUAAGGGGUGCAAGACUUCUUAAUUAAUUCGUCGGGGCGCGGAGUAAAGAAAAGGUUGGGAACACCGCUUUAGUGAGUCUUUGGUUGAACACCGCUACAGCGGUUCCAAAACGGUGUUCCGCAAUGGCCCCGAGGGUGUGAACCGUGAGUGAUGUCGGCUCCAAGAUGGCCAAAGCAUCCGAACCAGAACCGCCCGUGUCAAAGUCAAAGCCAUGAAAGGAGUUAGUGAAGCUCACCCGCCCGGAUUGGCAUGCCCAUCAAGGCAUUAUCCCAUCGGUCUGGGGGCUUGUGUGGCGUGGUAUUUCAACAACAGAUUUCAGAAACAGAGAGCUUGCCCGGAGCUCUAAGAGUGGUAUCAUUUACGAGUAGUUGUUGUUUUCGUGUGUUUUUAUUUCAAUUAAGCUUACGUACACCGGAGCUAGGAGAAAAAGCGCAUGUACUUUUAAUGGCUUUUGUUGUAAAAAAAACAACAACAUUUGUUUGCUUUCUGUUCUAUCGAUUUAACUCAAUGAAGAGGCUGUACUGUAUGCGUUUUUUUUUUAUAGUACAUCAGCCGGAUGUGAAACAACAAUGUUGUGUGUAUGGUGACGUUACAACCGCAAGUCGACAUGAAGCCACCGGUCCCAAGUCACAAUGUCUUUAUUAAACUUGCGUUAAAUGAUCUCCCCUGCAACAUUGACCCCACAACAUUUUACAGGCAACAUUGACCUCACAACAUCUUACGGGCAACCUUGACCCAACAACAUCUUACGGGCAGCAUUGACCCCACAACAUCUUACAGGCAACAUUGACCCAACAACAUCUUACAGGCAACAUUGACCCCACAACAUCUUACAGGCAACAUUGACCCCACAACAUCUUUCAGGCAACAUUGACCCCACAACAUCUUACGGGCAACAUUGACCCCACAACAUCUUACAGGCAACAUUGACCCAACAACAUCUUACAGGCAAUAUAUUGACACCACAACAUCAUACAACAUCUUACAGACAACAUUGACCCCACAACAUCUUACGGGCAACAUUGACCCCACAACAUCUUUCAGGCAACAUUGACCCCACAUCUUACGGGCAACAUUGAUCCCACAACAUCUUACAGGCAACAUUGACCCAACAACAUCUUACAGGCAAUAUUGACCCCACAACAUCUUACGGGCAACAUUGACCCCACAAUAUCUUACAGGCAACCUUGACCCCACAACAUCUUACGGGCAACAUUGACCCCACAACAUCUUACAGGCAACAUUGACCCCACAACAUCUUACAGGCAAUAUUGACUCAACAACAUCUUACAGGCAAUAUUGACCCCACAACAUCUUACAGGCAACAUCGUCCCCACAACAUCUUACAGGCAACAUUGAACCCACAACAUCUUACAACCAACAUCGUCCCCACAACAUCUUACAACCAACAUCGUUCCCACAACAUCUUACAACCAACAUUGACCCCACAACAUCUUACAGGCAACAUUGACCCAACAAUAUCUUACAGGCAAUAUUGAACCCACAACAUCUUACAGGCAACAUUGAACCCACAACAUCUUUCAGGCAAUAUUGACCCCACAACAUCUUACAACCAACAUUGACCCCACAACAUCUUACAGGCAACAUUGAAACAACAACAUCUUACAGGCAAUAUUGACCCCCACAAUAUCUCACAAGCAAUGUUGACCCCACAACAUCUACACGCAACAUUGACCCAAAUACAUCUGACAGGCAUCGUUGACCCGAACACAUCUUGCACUCAACAUAUACCGGAACACAUCUUACACGUAACAUUGACCCGGCCACAUAUGUAUCAACAGUUGAUGUCAAAUAACUGUCACGAUCACUAAGCGACAGCUACUUUUGAGGGGGAGAUAACAACGAGCAGACAAUUUUUGUUGUGCAGAGCAUGUGAACGUAAUUGCCGGCCGCGUUGGUUGUCAUCAUUAGAGACUUGUCGGUGUUUGUUUGGAUGAUCCGUUGUCAUGGCAACUGCGUUGGGCUGUUUUCAUUUAUCCCUAAAGUCGCCAUUUUAUGUAAUUUAGGGUGGGGGAGUUCGUGACACUUUCAAACGUAUUUAGAAUGCUUUAAAAAAUAAAUAAUUUGUAAUCGUGAUUACGAUCCAAAGUCUGUGAGGUGAGAUUGGAUUGCCAUCUCAUAACAAGGUUUGAACAAUUGGUCUGCAAUUUCCUACAUUAACAUCAAUCAUGGUUGUCCCCAGUUCCACUCUGCUCCAUUGCUAUGGUUUAAUUUUAGAAAGGAUUACAGAAAGGGGAAAAAAACUGGGCUUUACAUCAUGUUCUACUCAUUAGUAAACACAAUUAGCAAUACAAAACAAAAAUACUUCUUGAUAUUAACUUUUCCCUUUAUUUAAAAAAAAUAAUCUUUAACUUUAAACAACACAAAAAAAAAUCAUCUCCAGGACAUAUUCACAUUGAUAUUACUUACAAAACUAUAUUUUUUCAGUCUUAAUCUUCCUGUAUCUUCAACGCAUAGCAUAUCAGACGAUAGUAGCCACUAUGAUUAAGUUAAGUCAGUUCGUGCCAUGGGCUUAAAGAAACGCUCUAGGUGACAGUGAAUGGGUACAUUUCAAUGCUUGGAGAUCGUGUUCAAUAUGACCAGUGUAUUUCAAUGAUCAUAUUGUAGUAGAUUGGUGGUUUAGGGUUGACUUAGGUGACAACGCCAAACACUGUUGUAGUGUGGUGUGUAGGUGAUCCUGCCGACAACGCCAAAAACUGUAGUAGAUUGGUGGUUCGUAUGGGUUGCCUUAGGUGACAACGCCAAAACACUGUAGUAGUGUAUACUGCAUUACGGCCCGACUACCUGGUAAACAUGUCUAUAGGCUUCUCCCUUUAGCGGGAGGGACCGGACAGUCAAUAGAAAGGACCUUCUAGUAGCCAAAGCACCACUUUUGGACCUCGUACCAGCUUCAAGUGCCACACCCCCAGAAACAAUCGAGUCCAGUGACAGUGACGAGGAGGACCCCGUGAUAAUAAUCAGGACAAAACCGAAAGUGACACUGACGAGUAGUCAACCUAGAACAGUGGCAGAAUCACCUCCGCCAAUUACGCCACGCAGAUCCGUCCGCAUUACUCAAAGAGGGAAUAAACCCAGAGUAAAGAUGGAUCUGUAGUCUACUCUCCAUCACGAUGGAAUAUCUUUUUUUUUUCUUUUCUGUUAUGCCAAUGCAUUUAUACCCUUGUUCAUUCGUAGAGUACAUUUUUUUCUUCUGGAAUGUUAAACUUUUCAUGUUCAUUUGUAAUCAAGUUAAGUAGUGUUUUAUAAGUUUAUUGAUUGUCAAUCUCACUUAAUGUACCCAUUUACAGUGAGCUCACCAUUAUUAGGUAUGCGGCAGAGAGCCUUGUCCCCUAAAGAUCCACGUAUGCAUGCGUCGACCAACACCUAUAAUUGAUAUAGUCCUAAUAACACAUGCUGAACUGCCUCAAGUUUCAUAUAAACUUAGGCGUAUAUACCAGUAUACAAUUAGCGAUUGUACAUCGUAGUGCUUUUGGUAGACGUACUGCCAUGCUACAAGUCUUGGGGUGACAACGCCAAAACACUGUAGUAGUGUAAAUUGACCCUGCUCGCAGCGCCAAAAUCUGUAGCCGAGUGGAUGACGUUUAGCUUACAGUUUUAUAAAUAAGAUCAAAAUCAAAAUGAAACAAUCAGGUCUUGAGGACUAUAGCUUUUUUAAUUAAUGCUCUCCUAUGAUGAAAACAAGAAAAAGGACACUAUGAACUAUGGAGAAGAAGCCUAUGAAGAAAAAGGCUUCUAUGAAGAAAAAGGACAAUAUCUGAAAAUAAACAAAUAGUACAGGUCAACAAUGUCCUGACUAACAUAGCUAAAAAUAAACAUGUUACAUAACCACGUAAUUACAGGUGGCGACAACAUAUACUUAAUUAGAAAGCAUGAUAAAUGAUACGUACGUAGUAUUGUUUUAUACACAUGGCAAAGAUAAUUAUCUUGUACUACGAAUGUUUUAACUAUAAAAGAAACCACGUGCAGUGUUUAAUUUGAAACACGUGCACAGUGUUAAUGCUACACACAGAACCAGAGUGCGAUGUGAGGGCUAACAUAAACUUUAAAGAUCUUGAAGUUAUAAUAGUAUGCCAUCCAGGUAUGGUGUCUAUGUAAGAGGCACACAUAGCGGGACAGUAAAUGACUACCGUUGGCUUGAUACUUGUAUCUGUCCAUCGCUGUGUCUUGUUAAGAAAACAGCAGAUUGCAGAAUGAAUCAUAGUUAAAUUAUAUGGGAUGUGAUCCUCACAUGCACUAUUUCCUAUGUGAGAAUUUAGCACAAGGCAGGAAAGUUAGCCUAUUACACAUAUUUGACGGACACUCGCUGGUUGUAUACUGUUGUAUCAAUAGCUUAUUUUAUAAGCGCAUUGCAGUAUGUGUACCCAGAACGAUAUGCAGUUGUUUGUUACGCACAAACCCUGGUCACUGGUAUCUAUUUAUUAAUCCUAUUAAAUAAUUUAUUUAACGGUUGUAUGUUAACCUUUAAAAUAGCAUGAGCAUAAGUCUACACGCUGUAGGUUAUCCUACACUCUAUCCUGGUUAUAAGUCUGAACAGAAAUCUUCCAAUGCUAACACUCAACAAGUUCCUACUAACCACAAAGAAAUAAAAAUGGCGUAAUUGCCUCUACUUACAGAGCGUUCCAAUGGGCCGCACUGAACAAAGGCACAAUGCAGGUAUGCUGACCAAAGCUCGAAAUGACCCCUACCUCGUGUGCUCCCCUUUUUAAAACCGUGCGCGGACAUAUCAGAGAGCCCCUACGUCACACCUAAACCGAGUCGGUCUAAGUUUUGCCUUCUGGCCAGUUUCCUGGGAUAAAAUGCCUAACUCUGGGGACUAAUCCAGAGUAAUAAUUAAAAUCUUUAUCCACAUCCCUAACGACUUAUAUGUAAUCUGUGCAGUUUUGUCUUAGCUAUCUAAGAUGCUAUUUUAUAUUUUUAUGACUUAAAUAGUUUUUAAGAUAUUUUAACUAGAAGGGGGUGGGGACCACUAUAAAUGAAGGCGAAAACUCCUUUAAUGACUAAAUAUUAAAAUAUCCUCCAACGAUGGAAACUUGUAAAUAUGCUAAGGUAUAGUGAAUAAAAUCCCCGUCUUAACAAGAUGUAAUGUAUAACUUAAUACGCUAGGGCUCCUGACAAAUAAAUCAUUGAACCUCUAACCAAUGCGCACAUCGUGGCAUUUUAUUAUUUCCUCCCUAUGCGCCGGUCGUAUAGUGACCGUCCGGGGGGGGGGGGGGGGGAAGGUGAAAAGGGAUACCUGUUACGCACCGCGCCAGUGCUACUACACACCGCGCGGCCUUGAGUUGGGCGCCAGACAUGGUUUACGUAACGGGUCAAAUAGUGGGUUGGGGCAUACACUGCCACAAUAUUUAACUUUAACCCAAUUGUUUUCGCUUCCUAAUGGUAUAAUAAUGCACACGUACAAUGUGAUCACAAUGUUAUCGCAACGUAAUCACAAUGUAAUCACAAUAUAAUAACAAAGUUAUCGCAAUGUAAUCACAAUAUAAUCACAAUUUAAUGGCAAUCACCCCCCCCCCCAAUCCCCAAUUAACCAACAAAAAAACAAAAACAAAAAACAUUUGUUUUGGAUCAUUGAAACAAUCUCAUCUUAUUUUAAGUUUGCCAAAAAAAAACUCGGUCAAGCAGCACAUAAUUGGACUCAGUGUAUGGUCGCAACAUGCGUCACGAAAUGCCUCGCUUCCUAUUGUGAGAAAUAAAGUGGCACCGCCCCGCUCUAACGUGACGACCGGCCACCGACCAUUCAAUACCACGAGUUUACCUUCUGUUGAGAAACAUCGGACUCGGUUCGUGUUUGGCCCUUGACGAAUCCUUGGAGAUUAUGCAAUAGUUAACAUUUAAUCCCGCACAAAAUAUCUGACUUAAUGGGCGUACAAAGCAUCUAUGGGAGAGGGGCGUACCACGCAUUUAUGGGACAUGGGCGUACAACGCUACUGUCGGACGGGCGUACAAAACAUCUCUUAGACAUGGGCGUGUAAAGCAACUGUCGGAAGGGCGCACAAAGCAUCUAUCGUUGCCAAGUUCAAGUGGAUAUUACCGCUUUUCAUCGCCAAUUUCCACCAUUUAAUACCCCCCCCCCCCGCGCAAUAUGCAACCGCCAUCUUUGGGCUAGAAUUUUAUCGUUGCUGUUGUGUUGUUGUUUGUAGAAUCGGCGUCCAUGGUAACGCUGUUUAGACCGGCGGCCGUUAGUCUUCAGGAGACACUACCUGGGAUCUUCGAGUAGCUGCCCCCUACCCGCACACACACUUUUUGCGCCCCCCCCCCCAUAUCCCGUCCCAAUCAAUAAACCGUUUCUAUCAACAAGAUAAACCUGCAACUGGCUUCAGGGCACGGCUCUUUUAUGGCAGAUCACGUGAGGACGUGUCGUUCAAAACAUUGGAGUCAUCUUUAGCCCCGACAGCUUUAUCAAGGUCGACCUGGUCUCAUCCUCACUUCGACAUUGGAAACGACAAUUCAAUUAAAUGGUGUACGAGAAUAAUGUGAACCAAAAGCAGAUAAUAUAGACUUUUGUGUUUGGUCUAAUAAAUGGACACGAAUGAUACGUAGACGUGAACUGUUCUAAUGUUAAUGAAAGUGAGGGGGAAAAAAUCAUCUAUCUGGAAGUGAACAAAAAUUCAUAUUAUUUAUCCAAAGGGAACCAUGAGAAUUGACAUAAUUAAAGGACUCGGUCACAAACGUUACUUGAAUGUUUCCGGCAACGCUAUGAAGUAUCCCCCGUCUCCCUCCACUGUACACCCACACCCGCCCUGUUACGUGGUAGCAAUGCCUCGCACCAUUCAAGGUUGAUAUUCACAUGGAAUAAAAGUGUAGUCUGCACAUCAUUUUCACAAUCUGUGCUGGUGCCGUGUGUCUCAAACGAACGGCUUGUUGAUUUAGUUAAGUUUUCAGAUUAAUGGUGUGUGAGGGAGAGAGUGUGUGUGUAGAGAGAGAGUGGGGAGAGAGAGGGAGAGAGAGAGAUGAGGGAGGGAGAGAGAGAGAGGAGGGAGGGAGAGAGGAGGGAAGGAGAGAGAGAGGAGGGAGGGAGAGAGAGAGGAGGGAGGGAGAGAGGAGGGAAGGAGAGAGAGAGGAGGGAGGGAGAGAGAGAGGAGAGAGAGGAGGGGGGGAGAGAGAGAGGAGGGAGGGGGGGAGAGGGGGGAGGGGGGGGGAGGGGAGGGAGGGAGAGAGAGAGGAGGGAGGGAGAGAGAGAGGAGGGAGGGAGAGAGGAGGGAAGGAGAGAGAGAGGAGGGAGGGAGAGAGAGAGGAGAGAGAGGAGGGAGGGAGAGAGAGAUGUAAGCUCCACUGUGAGGAAGGUUUAGAAAAUAAAACGUUUAAUUUAAAAAAAAAGACACACACAAGUUGUUUGGUUGUUACCAUUAAACUGCGAGCCCUAGUCCUGCACAGUAAUCAAUGUAAGGCGGUCACCCAUUUCUGAGAAUUCAGCCUCGAUAGUUUGUUUGUUUUAGGAACCCGUGCGCUUUUUGUGUGGAAUACCCAGACUUUCUGCUCUAAAACUGUUGACUUCGUGCUACCGCACCAGCGACCUUUCUAAGGCGGUCUUCGCCCUGCUUGUACGUUGAUUCAGACUCGGGUUUCUCAUUGCAUUUCCUCACCCCAGCGUUUGCAUUAUAUAUGAAAUAUUUUAUCUUUCGUGAUGAUAUUCUGUAGUGUUUUUGUGAAAGACCAUACCAUUAUCAGCUCAUUUGUUUUCUUUCGGCAAGUUAUUUAUAUAUAUAUUUUUUUUUAUACUCGUGAAGCACAGACCACAAAGAGAAAUCAUAGUACGUGGAUACUUCAGAAUGUUAACAAUUUUAGUUGAAUAUGAGCGAUGUUAUUUUUUUUAUUUAUUUUUUUUUAAAUUUUCAAAUCACAAUAACUCUUAGGGGCCGUCCUUAAAGUACGUCACGAUACCGAAGAAGUCUUAAGAAAGCGUGACACGGAAAAGGGGGCUGGGAAGGGGGGCAUCUUGUGCGUCUUUACACAUUUUGUUUCAUCAUACAAAUAAAACCUGAAAUGGACAGUGAUGUUAAACUUUAUGUUGUGAUAGAUGCUGUAUUCUGACAGAAGACGUCAUUUUUAUAAAUUGAAUAGAAUUGAAUAGUAAGUGUUUUAGAUCCAUUGAAUUGGUUGUUACGUUUUGAACACUUUGUUAGUUGGAAAGUGUGCAGGUACUUUGGGAGGGGAGGGCUGGGCUGUUGUAAGAUUUUUGUCCCCCACGGGGGGGGGGGGGGUGGGUUCUUUUUUUCUCCUCCUAAAACAGUGUAGAUCCAUUGAAUUGGUUGUUACGUUUUGAACACUUUUUUAGUUGGAAAGUGGGCAGGUACUUUGGGAGGGGAGGGCUGGGCUGUUGUAAGAUUUUUGUCCCCCACGGGGGGGGGGGUUAGUUCUUUUUUUCUCCUCCUAAAACAGUGUGACCUGCUGUAUGGACGACCCCUCACUUGGUCGCCUGACCUGGCUCACCUUCUUGUUUCACCGCUGAAAAGCAGCGACGCCAAUGAUCUGACGUAACGUUGAAAACAAAGGACGUUUGAAUUUGGCACCCGCACUGCACCACAAAGCACGCCAGCGUCCUUAGUAAGCAUGGGUUUAAAGUAGGAGACUCGUUCUCUCCGUGUCAAAGUGUGCGGGGCCGUAUUGAUAGCAACCAUCGGCAACAACUACCUUUCAGGGUCCUCGGGUCGGCCUUGGACGUGUUGGUUCAGUUUCUCAAACAUUCAAGUUGCUGCGUUUCUUUCGCCGGGACUCGCCGAAUCGGAGCAACCUGGCGGAGAAUGGCGCCGUUCAGACACGCGGGGUCAGGAUACGUUUCACCCGAUGGCGACAGAAGUCCAUUGGUUCCGCGAAUCGUGGGCUGUAAUGUGGCCCUUGCUAUGUUAGCGGACUACAACCCGAACAGUCAACAAGACAGUUUGUUGUUGUUUUUUGGUGUUUGUUUUUUUGACAAUGUAUAACUAUUUUUCGUCAUUUUUUGUUCAAUUAUUUUUUUUUUAAUUAAGAAUUUGAUUAGAGAUGAGACGUAAUUUUUGUAUCGUAACAUUCAACUGACAACUGUUACUGAAAACAAGCAACGAACGAAAAUGGAGAAACAAAAGGUUAAAAUGCGAACGGGAAUCGAACCCGGUCUUAAAAAUGCAUGGCAGUGAAUUGGCAGCCAAGUGCUCUGCCAAGACGAGGCCAGCUCCGAUGUCAAAUCCGAUGACGCUUGAUGCGGUGUUUCAGAGUAGAAUAUCAGGGGACAGGAAAACCCCCUACUAUAUUUUUAAGAAUUGUGUUACCACGCCUAUUACUUGGUCAUUAAAAUACAGAUGUAUACAUGUAUUCGUAUCACGGCUUAAAAUGUGUGUUGUAGUCUAUUUGAUAUUCCACGCACAUAUUAAAUUUUUUUUUCACAAUUUAUUUGUGUGUGUCUCUGUGUGUGUGUCUCUGUGUGUGUGUGUGCGCGCGCGUGCGCUGUGAUAGAAUCUAAAAGUUGGGAAGCGCGGAUAAAGUUUACAGGUCAGUGCCAAUACGAUAUAUCUAGAGAUCAAGAUCUGGUGACAAUGGAUGAACAUUGUGAGAAGCUCUACAUGAGACAAGAAAGGCCGGACUGUAUGUACUGAGUGAGUGUACUUUUUAGCUUGGACUUGAAGCUUACCCCUGUCAUAUAUGUGAUUUAUCGGCAUGGCGUUGAAAUUGGCUCUUGAACUGGAUAUAUGGCUGGUUGACCAGGCUGCCUUCAACUCAAGUGAUCACAACCGGCCAUAUAUUUUAUGGUAUAUUAUGUUCAAUGUCGGAUGUCUUAAUUUUUAACCAAUCUGAUCUUAUUUUUCCUUUUUUAAAAAAAAAAUGGCGGCAAAUAAUUUAUAACGGCAGGAGAAAGAAGAUAAUGGUGGAAUAAUAAGACAAUAAUAACGACACCCCCCUCCCCCGGGGGGGGGGAAAAAAAAAUCCCAAUUGAUCGCUUGCGGUCUUGUCUCAAUCAUUGCGUUUCCACGGCAACAUAACAAACAGCGCGAUGCACUCUCUAGUGUGAGGGGAAAAAAAACGUGAAGAAAGUCAGUUAGUUGUUGGUGGUUGCCAUGGUUUCACAACACGUCAUCCCUCUCGGGGAGGGUGGGGGGUGUGACCUCUAAAGUUUGAAGCCGCGAUGAGAUAUGAUAUUGGACUCGUCGCUGUAGCGUCAAUGGCUUUGAAGACAGAUCAGUUGUUGUCAUUUUUCGACUAUUCAACUCACCGUAUGAGACUUGGACUAAAACAAUGGAACACUUUUCUUGUGUACGAUGGGGAUUGGGGGGGGGGGGAGAAAUCGGUGAAGUCAACUUGAUUUCAAACAAGUUUGACCUCGACGUGACGUCAUAUUUAAAAAUAUUUUCUCAAGCUCCACAUCGCUUAAGAUUCUCUGCGCAGUGACACUCAAGUCAGUUGCCGUAGUCCAUGUACUAAAAAAAAAUACACACAGACACACAAAAGGGGGUAGAAAUGUAAAAGGCAUGCGUUGAUACUUGACUCAAAACAAGACCUAAUAGUUUUUUGUUUUUUAAAUCAUGAUUGACUUUGAAUAAAUCUACUUAAUGAUAGACAUAAGUGUGACAUCUUGACAAAAAGAAUUUAAAAAAAGAAAAGUGGAACAAAAACUGGACCGGUGACAAGAAUACCCGAACUUAUGACCGAGACAACGGGGGGGGGGAAGGACAAACAACACGACCAACAAAAUAGCUACCAUUUGAAUUUGUUUUUACUCUACAUUGGCGCCCUUGGCUUCGGCACUGGGAAAACAGUCCUCAUCGUUUCAUCUUGACCGGGAGUUUUCAUGGCAUUAGUGUCUGUAUAGAGCACUUUGAGGGACAUGAUUGGUUGGUGGUCACGAGCCAUCGUUGUGAGUUCCAACAUUGUAGUGGAAAGAGGUCAGAGUGUGUGUAUGUGGGGGGGGUAUGGAGAUAAGAUAGUUUGAGAGACAGGCUAAGAGUGGUUCUAUCACUCACGGAGUGCGGCCCGGGAGGGGGGGGGGCGCGGGGGGUGACAUCAAAGCUAAUCACAUGCACGAGUUUCUUAAGUGGUACCGGUCUAUUUGGAAGAGACCGUUUGGUGAAGAGAGUAAAUACAGAGAUGUGGUUCAAAGCUCAGCAUACACGGUUCAUGCGGCUGGUGGAAGUAAUUCAGAAAUAGCGGGGCUGCCGAUCAAGUGGGAUGGUGUUAAACAAUUAUGGCGGAGCCUUUUUUCAUUUUUCGUGAUACCAUUAUUGAGUUCUCCCGCCAUUUCUGCCCUGUAAAACAAACAAGCUGCCUCGUCCCCAAAAAGUUUCUAUAUUAAUUCACAUAUUUUAAAACGAAAAAUGAUGAUUUUUGGCGCCUACUGAAGAUAAUGCCCGGGGCGGGUUCUCUCCCCCUCCCCGCAACCCCUCCUAUUCACACGGCCCUGCUGGUUGGCUCAACAACUUCGAAGCUACUCUGAAGACAAACCCAUGUCAUAGAAAGCCAUGUCAUAGAAAGUCAUGUCAUGGAAAGUCAUGUCAUGGAAAUUCAUGCCAUAGAAAGUCAUGUCAUAGAAAGUCAUGUUGUAGAAAGUCAUCUCACAGAGCAUUUUCAUCAAUCCAAUUUUCUGAGAUCGUAUUCCCCAAUAUUUAUGGUUAAAAGAUCUCGGUGAAGUGAGAGUUAACGCGUCUGUUGGAGAAGUACAGAUCCAUACUGUGGGGAAUAACUGUGAUAACAUUAUAAUAGUGACCGUUCACGGGGGGGGGGGGGGGGGGAAUGUUGGUUGGGGCUCCGUUUCUGGUAAUGCAAAUGUGGUGGGUGGUUUGAUCCCUGUUCUUACCAUUUAUCUUCUCUUUCCCCUCGACCAGCAGUAAGGGUGAUCUCAAAUCAAUCAUCAAAAAAAUGUAUCUUCGUGUGAGCUCAGGUCUUCAUUGAGAAGUCGACGUUUUGCAUGAAUUCAAAAAAAAAUAUUGUUAAAAUAAACUUUAUAGUACAAGUGACCAAAAAUGUUUCUGUAUUUUCAGAGUGAUAUGUCUGGAGAGUCGUCCCACCACAGACCCAACAUCCAACUCAAAUCUGUAUGUGUUGGCUGGUCACGAGAACACCUAUUGAACACAACACUCCAACCUGUAUGUGUUGGCUGGUCAUGUGAACACCUACUGAACACAACACUCAAACUGGUGAAGUGAUGUUUUGACAUGCAGUCUGCUGCCGGCUCUUGUACAGACAAAACACGUCACCGCAGUGCAGGAAAAACUGUGACAAAUGGAACAAAGGCAAUUUAAAAAAACACAAAAAAAUAGGGAAUUACAGUGUCAGUUCUUAGAAGUCUCAAGAUUAACAUUUGAGAGAGCAAACUUUCUUCAUUAAUAACUGCUGCUAUUGAAUGCUAGCCCCAUUGUAAAAACAUUUAUAUUUGGGUUAUGUUUUGUUGUUGUGUUUGUUUGAUACUUGUUUUUAAUCUGGAAACUUACAUUGUUCAUCUCAGUUAACAUAGGUACUAUUGGAUAGUUGACUAAGAAAAUAUUGAGAGAGAAAAUGUUGAUUGCCCAUUUGGUUUGAAAAAAAAAAAAAAAAAAAAAAAA